CCAGCACCUCCUCCUUCUACUCCUCCUCCUGCCCGCGAUCCGGCUCUGGCUGGAGGGGCUCCUUCACGCGCCCGGCCCCCGCCCCACGCACGCGGCCUGGCCCGCCCCCGCCCCACCCCCGCCUCACGGGCCCCGGGGCUCCGCCCGCCUCGGUGGCAGGCGAGCGCACAGGCGACUGGCGCGCAGCUCUGGGUGCCCUCUGCUCAGUCCUCUGGUCGCUCGGCUCCAUAGAGUAGCCGGGACCUGGAGCCUUGGCCAGAACUCCCCUCCCGUUCCCUCCCCGUCUCCGCCCCCUCCUCCCGGCCCCGGAUCUCGCUGAAGACAAUUGCAGUAAAUGAGGACAUCUGAGGAGCACGGAGCCGGGUGGCUGUGGCUGGCUCCGCCGCGCCGCGAUCGGGCGAGCGCGCGGGCGUCCCCGGAGCCGGCCGAGCCACUGCCUCCCCGUGCGCGUCGCUGAGCAGGAGCCGAAGGGACUCGAGCUGCGGCGCGGGGGCCGGCCGGGCCGGGCCCGUGGCAGUGGAGGGGGCGGGCGGCGGGCACGCAGCUGGCCAAGUCCCCGAAGCCGAGCCUCCUUCAGCGCGAGCCCCGCGAUCCUUGCCGUGGAUGCUCUGCCCCGAGUGCUCCGUGCCGCGCCAGGCUUGCCAGGGUCCGCGGCAAGACAUGCCUGAGCCAGGCGCUGCACCGACCUCCACUUACCAGUAAGCAGCCAAAGUGUUUUUAGCAAUUUUGGAAAUUGACUGGAACUACAAAGGACAAGCUCUCAGAAAGGAGUGGACACAAGCAAGGCAAACAGAUAUACAGAUGGCAGACAGGACCAAGGAGAAGAUGUUCAAGUCUGAAGCAAAGGUGUGUACAAGGAGAUUGGGUCCAGCAGGAAGCAAACGGGUGACUAGGAUGUGGCAGACACAUCUCAACUCACAAGAGAGAAUCAGGGUGGGAGGCUGCAGCGUGAGUGAGUGACACCUUGGCUGACUUCAAGGGUCAGGUUGAGAGAGGAUGCUGGGCUCAGCAUGUAGAUACCCAGGGCUUGAAUCAAGUGGUGUUGCACCGAGAGGAAGAGACGCCAAGAAUGAGAAGUGACAUUUGGCAAAGAUUUGGGGUUUAGCAUCACAGGUUGAAGCCAUUUUGUGAAAGAACCAGAAGGGCCAGGUAGGCCUCAUGGGAUGCUUUCAACAAGAAUGUAUGUUAUGAGAAGAUAAAGUGUUGAUAUUCAGGCAGAAGCCAGAGAAAAGGAACCAGAGCCCAGCUGAGAAAGUGCCAUAGGUGAGAAUUGACUAGGGCAAAUAUGGCGGCUGGUAGCACUGAGGCUGGCUAGAGAGGCAGGCAGUGGGACAGAAAUCUUCAACAGUGGAAUCCUGGCAGCAGGGCAGCUGUUAGAGGACAGAUUAACAUUCGACCCAGGAGGCAGGCAAAUGGUUCUAAUGAAAACAUAAGGUUGGGAGCCAGCAGGGGGAAGCCAUGAUGAUUACCUGGAAUCUGAGUCUGAGUAUUCAGCUGGAAAUACUACUUGAGAGGGGGAGGUGGGUCGUUUCCUUUUGUUUGUUUGUUUGUUUGUUUUUAUUUCUUCUUCUAAACUAAAGCACUAGGAGUGCCUUCAAAGAGGGAAGAAAGGAGGGAUGGGUGAGGCGACUCACAGCUCAGAGAGGUCCUUAGAGGAAGAAACACUGUAGUAUCAAGUAACAGGUGCUCAAUGAAUAUUUGAUGAGGCCAUUAACAGUAAACCUAGUCAGUAACUUCCCUGGAAAUCCAGGGAAUCCUGGCUGGAAGCAAGUCUUCUUGCUUUUUUUUUUCCCCUAAGAGAAGGACAAAACACUAUAAAAGGUGAUAAAAGGAAAGUCAUUGGUCCUUAAGUCUAACCAUGCCUUGUUUAGGAAAGAAAGAGAGAGCCAAAGGGCUAGGUUUCCUCUGCCCAGCUCACACUCAGGAUCUUCUUUAUGAAAAAAGUUCACUUGGGUCGAGACUGGGUUUUAAAAGGAAGAAUGCCUUUCAAUUGACUACCCUUGAGAAACAAACCAGGGGAAGAGAGAGCCCAACUCUCUGCCUUCAGGUAGAUGAAAGCUCCCACACCGAGGAGCUGACAUUCCAAGUCCAAGGUAAUUUUUUGUUAAGAGUUCAACCAGCUUGGAGAGUUCACUGGGCCAGGCUGAGACCCCCCCUCCCUACUUGGAACCUCACAUCUCAGUUUGACAUUGGGACACCAACUUCCUUGUUCUCUGAGCCGGACGCAUGGGUUUAUCACUGAGGUUUUAAAAGUCUACAGAAGGUGGUCUACAUAGAUCCCUUCCUCUCUCCCCUAUCUCCCACCUUGAAACCACACAACACAAACAGCUACAUUCCACUGGUGACAAACUGGAGAUUCAUUCCCACAGCUAGAACCCUAUAGCCGGGAUUUAGUGCUCCAAAGAGUUGCUGGCAUGCUGCAGGUGGAGGCAUGGACAGUUGGGAACUUCAAGGCUGCCAGCUUCUUAGGUUUAAGCCCUCCCUGCCAUUUCACGUCACGAGGACAUUUAGAAGCAUAGCGUUAUGCCUUCUCCCAGCGGGUUGUCGUAUGUGGCUGUUUGAGUAGUGGUUCUUGGUUCCAUGACAUCACUAAAAUAGUUUGUGCCUUCCUUUAACUCACUUGUGUUCUGGUAUUUGCAUGCCCCUUCACAUGUGUUAUAUUAACUCUCCUCUGAGUGCAUCUCUACUUACUCUGUCUAUCAGAAUCAUUGAUGCGGCAAAUUUACCCAGGGUUAUGCAGAGUGAUGACAUCACUGAAUCCCAGUCUUACUCAGCAGGGUUGACACGCCAUGGGGUGUGAUCAAGUGCUAGCACAGACACACACAUUAAUAAUAAGUUAAAAAAUUAAAAUAAAAAAAUGAGGUAGAAGAAAUCAAGGCACUAGGGAAGAAAAAUAAUAAAAGGCACAAGCUAGUGGUGUAACUUCAUAACUGUACUGUCAGAGUGAUCUGAGGAAGCCAAGAACAGGGAGUGCACUGAGAAUUUUCAGGCAAGUGGAUCUCUGUGAGUUCAAGGCCAGCCUGGUCAAUCAAAGCAAAUUUCAGGAUAGCCAACACUACAUAAUGAGAUCCUGUCUCAAAAACAAAAUCCAAUCCAUAUGUAAUGAUUGGAGGAGAUUAGAGAUACGUAAUAUCUUCCAGUCUCCACCCCCUAGACACUGAUUUACCGGGUUAGGUAGAGACUAAAUAUAUGGUCUAACUUUUCUUUUAGAACACUUAGCUUUUAACCCAAAGUGUACAUUGCCGAGAGCAAGCCCAGGCUUCUGCCCUCAAGGAAAAGGCAUGCUUUUUUCCUUCUGCAGGAGGACAACCUUCUUCAGGUUUUCCUCUUCUGCCCAUCCUCACAACUGCUUUACACACACACACACACACACACACACACACACACACACGUUCACCUCAUCAACACUCAAGUCUCCUCCAAUGUUUCAAGAAAGGCAACAGGGAAGGAGCAGGGUCCCAGAAGGACUGGGUGAGAUCUAUAUUUCUCCUGCAUUCCUACAGUCUGCAGGGAGACCUCAUAGACUCCUGCUACCAUCGGUCCUGCUCACUCCCUGCCUUGUGCUCAUGGACCACACAAUCUUACUCUGUUGUUCUCUCUCUUCUAACCAUGAUCUUUGUAAAAUACCAUGGAGGUCUGAAAUGGAGGCAAACUCAGGACUAUCACCUUGGUCUGCCUACUAGACUUACACUUAAGCCAUCUGUAUUUGGAGAGCUGUAUACUCAAGUUGCCUGCCUGGCCUUGGUUCUGCCCUGGAAUCAAGUGUAAAGUUUCAUUGUAGGUGGAGAAAGAGUUGGUGCAACUAAUCAAGCUGCCAAAAACCUGACAGUGGGGCUCAAGACUACCCAAGCUCCCUGUACCUCCCUCUAGUGCAAAGCAACUAAGAUAUGCCAUAGUUCAACAGCCACGUCUUUACUGAGUGUUCCUUCCUCUGUCAGAAUGUGGCUGUCUCUGUCCACCAGUGUGUCUUUCCACUCCUCUCUCUUUGACCUUCUCUUCAUGACUGCCAUCCCCACAUUCAUCUUAGUAUAUAAUGAUAAAGGGGAAUUAUAUAGUCCUAAGGAUCCAUGGUACUUAGUGAGUAAAAAUUUACAUCCACGGAUCACAUUCAGGGUAAGAAAAACGAAUGUGAUUCUAUCCAGACCUUGAUGUGCCUCUGGGUACCAAGGUCCACUGUUGUGUUUUGGACCCUACAAUGUUGUUUGCCCCUCCAAGGCCAGCAGUGCCUCCUCUAUAGCUGGUCAACGCCCAGGAUUAUGAAAGAUGUAAUGCUCUGAAAUUUGUGUAAGAGUUGGAGCCAUUGAGAUGUGUCAACUAAAUUCUUAAUUUACUUGGUAACUACUACAUUGUAUUACUAAGACAACAGUUAGAAAUCAUCAGGAAAAAAAAUUCUACUGUUAUCAAGUCAAAUGUUCGCAAGGAAUAUGUCGUGCAGUCCCUGCUAUGCAUCACAAUUAAAGACAAAGCCUGCCCCAUUAGUAGGUCAUCGCCUUAUUCUUGUGAGCAUGCAUGCCAUCUCUCUCUCUUUGCAUCAGUGGGGGCGGAGGGAUGUUGCAUAACUCCAGGUAGUGGUUUCUUCAAACUUAAUGAAAACUUGUUCUUUCUCUUAUUCCUGCCCAAGCUUUAUUAUACAGCCACGAUUCCCCUGGGAAUGCAGACAGAAUCCUUGGAAAUCACUAAUAUUGCACACUCAUCCUACAGCUACUUGACCAGAUCAUGGGAAGGCCUCUGCUCCAAGGAUGAUGUCUAUGUAUAUUCAAAUCAGUCAGAAAGUAUUGAAGGAUGGCAGGGCACAGGGCACAGGGCUGGGACAUCAGAUAUCCAUCAGUGGGGCUUUGCCUAGAAACUUAGGUUUAGGAGAAAGCACAGUAGUCUGCUUCCUGCAUGCUUUCAAGUGCAAUUGCCCACAAGCCCAUGAACACUAUCAGCAACUGGUCCCUCGUACCUCCAGGAAGCAGCCAUCAAACAGGUCUCUCCCUGCCAGAGGACACACUGCUGAGGAUUAUGUCUCACUGUUUUACAAGUACCAAGCACCCAGCCAUGUACCUGGUUACCUUGGACAUGCAGGAAAGAGCCGGAAGCAAGAUAAGGUCUGUGCCGUGUAAGAGCAAUGAGCUCUGACUGGUAAAUGAGGCACAGCCCUGGAAAGUGAGCCAAGGGAAGGAGAGGCGCAAAGUAGGGAUGACCACAGUGUGCUCUCGAGAUGGUGUAGGAUUAGGAUUUCAGAGUUGGGGACUCUCAACAAGAAGAGGAAUAGGAUAGGGAAGAGUAAAGAAGACUUUAAAGGAAACAAGAAUCGCUGCUCCACUGGACUUUGCUGAGAGAGAGGCAGGUUUCCUCAGAGCCUCCAAGGACAGAGAUGGGGAGUAAGAAUGGAAGGCUGGCUUUUCGAAAGGAUCAAAGACUAAGAUGAGGAGGGGAAUGGUAUGCAAAGGAAGUCAACUGGAGAAGCAAUAGCAAAGAGACUUAGAUACUACUAGGGGAUCAUUUUUCGAUAGGCAGCAUUGAGUUGAAGUGAUCAUACUGUUGGCAGCCCUGAAUCCCGGAAGACGGUAUAGCAAUCCAAGUAGGAGGCGGGGCUUUGGACCCCUGCAAGCUAAGUCCAGAGGCUGCCUCUAAGAGCAGUUGCCUUUGUGCAAGUUCAGCUCAGGUAAGCAUGGCAGCUGAGGUAAGCAUGGCUGAUGGACCACGCUCACCACCUGUCAAGAGGCACCACAGGGCCCACCUGGUGCUGCAGAGACACUGCUAAGGUUGAUGCGCACAGGGGAUAUACCUUAAACAUGGAAAGAAGAGUGUGAGAGGGACGCCUACAGUCUCAUGCUGUAAAGUAGGAGCUGGGUUGGUAACAUGAAUAAAAAAGACGAAGUUAACAGUCACUGCUGGUCAAAAAGAAGGAGGUGAAGAAUCUACUACCCUGUAUAGAAUAGAAGAGAAAGUAACACCAGGAUUCAUGACAGAUGGGAUUUAUUUUAAUAAAAAUCUAUGGCAACUAUUGAGGUGGCAUGGCCUAAAACGCAUACAGUUUCUCUCUUCUCUCUUCCCUACUGCCAGACAUGAUACUUUCCUUUCUAUUUGUUUGUUUGUUUCAGAGAGGGUUUCUCUGAGUAACCUAGGCUGUCUUAGAACGCAAGGGAUCCACCUGCCUCUGACUCCCCAGUGACACCAUGCCCAGUGUGCACUAAUAUUCUUUAACACUGAAACUCUGCCCUUUGCAGACCUGCAAUGAACACCUGUCAGUCAUUCCGGCCAGAGUAUUUCUUCAGUUUUCCAUAUUCCAAACAAUUAACUGUGCACACUUUCUCUGCAUAACUUAAAAUUUGGUGUGUGUGUGUGUGUGUGUGUGUGUGUGUGUGUGUGUGUAUGCGUAUGCGUGUAUACAUGUGCGUGUGUGUAAGCAUACAUGUACAUGUCUGUUUCUGGGAUCAGCUAUACAGACAAGUAUAGGCAAGCAUCCAAAUAUGUGCAUGUUAAUGCCAGAGGUCAUCCUCAGGACCAUCCACUUUGUUUUCUGAGAUGUGGCAUCUCGCUGGCCUGGAGCUCAUCUAUUAGGAUAGGCAGGCCCCGUGCCCACUUGACUCCACUUGCCCAGUGCUGGGAUUAGAAACCCACACAUCACUUCUGGCUUUUCACAUUUGUUGUAAGGAUCAAACUCAGGCCCUUGAAAGCACUUUACCAGCUGAGCCAUCUCCCCAGCCCUUAAGUCUUGUUUAAACUGACAAAACCAUCUCCAGAGCAGUGAGUAAUUUCUGAGGUCACCCUCCGGUGCCAUCAGCUUCACUGGAAGGAAGAAGGCCUCCCUGCUUUAUAUUGUGAAUUAUGCCGGAUUAAAGCACCCCCUAUCAUUUGUAGCCUACCUGUCAGAAAGCCUUCGGAAUUCAAAUCAGGAUAUCUUUUCACCCUAGACCUUGGUCAACAAAAAGUAUGAGGGCUGGCCAGGUCUCACACACCACACUGCCAGCUCUGUACAGCCAGCGGACCAUCCACAUACAUUCCUGGGGCAGGACAUUUUCUCUGCCUUCAGCAAUCAGCUUAUAAAUAGAAGCCGAUUAUAAGACGCACUCAUGACUCUUUCUUCUUGGCUUAGCUGCCGCUGCUGUGAACCCAGACCUAUUCAACACCCUGGCCAAGCCAAGGAGGACACAGAGGUGGAGAGGUGGGGAUCGUUUUGACGCUAAGAGAUAGAGGCCUGUAUGGACUUCCCAGAAAGACAGAUUGUAUCUUCAAUUCUAAAUGACUUCUCUUGUAUGUGAUGGCUACUUCUGCACGGAGGUCCUGCCCUGGAUGUCCCCAUAUGCUGUCCUGAGGUGGCAGGCAAAUGGAGCAGGGAAGCUUCUGCUCACAAGAGGCACUCUGAGGCAAAGGAAGGGAAAAAAGUCCGUAUUCCAGUUUGAAGUUCAGAUCAAUUAAGAGGGAACAUGUGUUAAGUGAGUUAAAAUGUGUACUGGGAAGAAGGUUUGGUGGGGAAAGCACACAUGUGCAGAACAGCAUGGAAGAUCUGAGUUUUGUUCCCCUGCACUCGUGGGUUUUAUUUUAAGUGUGGCAGUACCUGUCUGUAAAUGAAGCCCUGAUUUAGGUGAGGCAGGUAGGUCUGGGUCUUGCUGACCAACCAAUCCAGGCUCAGUGAAGAGACCCUACCCAGGAAAAAUUAAAGUUGAAGAAAAACUUAGAAAACAUCUGAACAUCAACUUUUACCCUCCGUUCAGGUCCAUGGGAUGAUAACACACAGGCACACACACACACACACACACACACACACACACACCUUCAAAAAAGUUUGGAUUCAGUGCAACUAAAGGACUCUCCAAUUCCAUCCCAGUCCACGUGCACCUAUUCUUAUGAGAAGAAGAAACCCAACCCAUUAGAUCUAAGAAAGAGAGGCCACCUCUGUAGUGUUGCACCAGCUUUUAUAAACUCUAAUCUCUGAGGAGCUCCAGGGGUCUAUCUGAUGAGCUCUUUAUUAUCUGGGACAUACACAGCAGGAAAAUGUGCCCGUGAGCAGCAUUCAGAACCUCCAUCCAACAUCCCGAGUUCUCUGGGACUGCCAUGCCCAUAGGGGAGGUGAGGGACAGGAAGAUGGGAAUCUUCCAAAGCCGAUUGAGUCUGGGUUGCAGAGUCAGAAAUGGUCUACCUAACUCUUCGCCCACUACUGAUUGCCAAGCUGGCUGUUAGGAAUGCAGGGAGGGCAGGGUAGGGUGGGGUGCUGUUUGUUGGCCAAGAUAACACCCCAUGUGGAGAAGGCAGGGCUCCCAGCUGAUUUUUCACAAACACCAUACAAUUCUGCUGAUACCUUAAUACUAACUCAGAUUCUGUUUGCGUCAUGAGUAAGCAAGGGUAAUGUCUUUGAUAGAACUUAAGUAAAGAGGAAAGCCUGUUUCUGGUUCUCAAUCUCCCUAAUGCUGUGACCAUAUAAUACAUUUCCUGACGUGGUGAUGACCCCCAAACAUAAAUCUAUUUUUAUUGCUACUUCAUAACUCUAAUUCUGCCACUGUUAUAAUCAUGUUUUCUCAUGGUCUUAGGCAACCCCUGUGAAAGGUCAUUUGACCCCCCCAAAAGGUUUGCGACCCACAGAUUGAAAACCACUGUUCCAAAGCAAAAUGCCCAUGCCUGGAUGAGGCAUACGACUCAUGCCUUUCUGCCCACUCACUGUGAACAGGACAGUGUAUGAGCAUGCCAGGAAUGGUUCAUCCGGCUGAUGUUGACUUUUCCAAGUCUUUGUCUUGGGGAGGUAUGUAUUUCAAUGACACAGAUAAGAACAGAUCAGAGCCCCAAUUCAGACAGGUUUUAUUCCACUCAAAGUCUGCCUUUACCAAAAACAAAAACAAACUCUAUCCCAACAUUAAAGGAGAAAGCCAUCAGUUCGAAAGGGACCAGGUUACCUUUCAAUAUUCUAUUCAGUAAGAGAGGUAGCAAAUGUAUUUAGCUGGCAUAUGGCUUGCCCUGUAUGCCAAGAACAUUGGAAUCAAUUCCCAGCACCACAUGAACUAGGCACAAUGGCAUAUACUUAUAAUUGCAGCACCAGAGAAGCGACUCAAGGUUAUCCUAAGAUACAUAUAGCAAAUUCAAAGUCAGCCUAGAAAGUGAAGAAGAGAGGGAGGGAGGAAAGGAGGGAAAGAAGAAGGAGAGACAGACACAGAGAGAGACAAAUACAGAGAAAGAGUAGGGAGGGGAGAGAAAAUCAAAAGGAUAAAAGCUAUAUGUGUCUUCCCUGAUUUCCUCCCACAAGCCAGGUUGCUGUCCCUAAUGCUGCCCCCCUACUUACUAUCCACCCUAGAAAGGUAUCUGAAUGUACCUAGAGCCAUCCCUUUUCACUCAAAAGCUGUGGCUUCUGAAGAGGGAACGACCGUCUGGGAAAAAAAGAGAAUCUCCGUGUGUUACAAUAAACUAGCCUGUGUGCUGAGACACAGUUCAGCAUCCAUGCAGCAUUCUGCUUCAAGGCAAGUGAGGUUCAGGACUGUAACCCAGGUUUCCACAGUAAAGCUUUCCCUGCACAGAGGAGUCCCUGGAGUGAGGGAGAGCCUACCUCCCUUCCCCACUGGGAAUGUCCAUGUUAAAGAACAGCUUAUCCACUUCCCCCUUCCCCCCACUCCUAGGAGCCUACUGCACAGGCGUUCCCAUAGCAUAUGGAAUAAAAUGUUGACCCAAUUAAUCUUGAACUGCAGCCAGCAUCUCUGGCUCCAAGGUGCCUCGAUCGCAGGAGAGCCACUGGGAAGCCAGCACUGUCCUGUAGUUCCUCUCUACACUCAUGGGAUGGCUUGCUAGCUUUUAGGCUAUAUAUAUAGUGAUGGAAGACCCCAAGGCAGGUAGCUUUCCCACAAUCCCACCUGUCAGAGCACCAAUCAAGGCACACAAACCAUAUUACAGGGACACAUAUGAAUCUGGGAAGUAUGAGACAUUUGAUGGUGGCAGAAUAGAAGCAAGUCUUUCCCAUCAGCUGACGAAACCCCAGACUUCCUGGAGACUCUAAUCACAGAGCUCGGGGCAAAUCGAUUUGAUUAUAAAUUCAAACCAGUGGCAAUUUUCUUCUUCUUAGUAGUAAAUACUGGCAUGGUCUGUUAAUUCUCCCAACCCACGUGAGCAUGUCUCUAUACACAAGGACUUACAUGGUAGAUAUACACCUGGACAUACAAGCACACACCCACACUAUUACAACUUUACAAUCAGGACUCUAUCAACAUGAUCAAAGAAGGCCUUUGGGGACUGCUGGUACCCCAAAUUGAUCCUUUUCUGGGAGUUUCUCUGAAAGGGUUUACACUUACAAAGUCCUGCUGACAGGAUGCUUAAGUGGAACAGUACAGUGGCAUCAUUGUGUCGUUCUCCACGGUCACUCUCAAAUCAACAUGGGAAAGAUACUGUCCCUAAAGGCAAUAAGCAACCACUUUUCUUUGUUUCUACCCAGCAAAACUUGGUAGGCCAUUUUCUUUCACUUAACAUUAGCUCCUAUUUGUGGAGAUAUUAAACUGUCCUUAUUAUUAUUAUUUUAAUGGUCACAGUGAGUGAGCAUACACCAUCAUUUACUUGACUGUUUACCUAUUGUUAGGUUCUUAGUAACUUCUAUUUCUCACUCCUUCCGACUGAUCUGAACUUUUUUUUUAAAUCUAUGCUGUUAAUUUAAAACACUGCAGGGAUGGAUGGCAUGGCAUUGCUAAUCUAAAGCUACGGGGUUUAUAUAUUUACAACUCAUACUUGAUUAUGGAAUUUAAUUCGAGAGAGUAACUAAGACAUUUGUAUUCCACACAACUCCCCAGCAUCUAGAUCUGCCCAAGCCAGGCAGGCCCAACCAUGACUUGCCACUUUCCAAGCAUUUCCCCCAUGACAUCCAACAUAGGUUAUGGGCUCUACUGCUCUAACAGUAAGGGACCAAAACCUCUAGGCCUUUGGGGUAACUUACCCAAGGAAGUCAUUUUACAAACACUAUUCAAGUCUCACAGUCAAUUCAAAUUUCAGAGCAAACCUUAGUUUGUACACCAAUGACAGGCAAGUUCCAGGACCACUGGAGGUCUUCCAUGACCCUCACCCAAUACAGAAUAUUGGAAUACCAGGACAGUGACUCAUGUUUCAGAUUCCCAAUGCUUUAUUAUUGUGAUUGUUGAUGUUGUUAUUAAGAAAGGGGCUUACUAAGCAUCACCUGCUAGCCCAGAACUUGUUUUGUAGACCAAGCUGGUCUUAAACUUGCAGUGAUCCUCCUCUCCCUGGCUCUUGGAUUUGCAGGGACCUGCCACAGUGCCUGGCUGAGCUGAUAUUUUUUGAAGUCCACCAUGGGUCAUGCCAAGUGACAGAUUUUUCUGCUUAGGGUAGUUCUUCGGUGAGUGUUAUGCAAAGGGACUCAGGGUGCAGACCACCAGCUUCGCCCUUCGGAAUCUCAACGUAUAGUCAGAGCCUAGCAACAGAGCAUCACCAGCAGGCAAGGGUAUCCUGAGGGUCAGAUGAGAAGAUGGGAGGGAAAGGCACAGGCUGACAUUUGUUAGCACAAAGAAGUGUAAACGUAGGGCCUAGACUUUAGAGAAAUGGCUCAGCAGUUAAGCUUAUGUACUGAUCUUACAGAUGACCCAAGUUUGAGUUUCAGCCUCAGUGACAGGCAGCUCCCGAAGUCCUCUAACUCCUGUUCCAGGGGGUUCCACUGCCUCUAACCAUUUGGAGCAUCGACACUCACAUACGCAUUCAUGCAAUUAAAAAAAAGACAACAUAAAUAAAAUCUUCUAACCUGUCCAGCAGGCUCGAGGCUGGAGGGUCAACCCCUAAGACUGUCCUCUAAAAGGAAAGGACUUACUUACUAUUUAUCAUUGUUUUCACUUAAUAGGGGGAAUUCUGUCUUACAUACUUAGCAACUCUGUAAGGCACGAAGAGCUGAGAGUUUUGUUUUUUACUAUUUUGCUUUUACCACCAGCAAUUAAUUCCCCUGAUUUGUUUUAUGAGUCUGACGGUCGGGUCUAGCACUCAGCAAACCAGCGGAGUGAUGUAAGAAAAUUAUUUCAGUUCAGUUCCUGGCAAAUCCUGAUGAUGAAUAGUGAGGCAGGACAAACCUACUCAGACACACAUUUUUCAGGACUGGCAGGGAAAAGGCUGAAAAAUUACUAGUAAAUUGCUUUUUGUAAAAAUGCUCUCCCUUUCAAAUUUUCCCUAGUAUGAAGGUCUCCUUCAGCAUGAUGGCACAAUACAUUCUGCCACACCUAGAUGGCAAUCCAGCCAAAGAACAGACAUGGAAAACAAUGAGGGUUAGGAUUGAAUUUUCUUAUUAAGUCCCCAGUUUCCAACACUCUUGCCCACAACGACUUCUGUUGAGUAUGUGCCUUGUACCUAUUGGGACAAGCAUCCCUGACAGAUAGCUAUUAUGUGGCCUGGCAGGUUUGCCCCCACCCCAGGCAUAACGGCCCCCCCUCUAAUAUAUGAGCUUUGAAAUUAAUGCAUCAUGCCUCUGGUCCACCCUGUUCCUAUUCCCUCCUCUCUAAAACUGUCCCGAUUACAGAGGCCCGCAGAUAUCCCCAGCACCUACCUGAAAUCCUUGAUUCUCAGGGCAUAACUCUGGGACAGUGGCAUUGAAGCCUUGGGCAUUCAUGGUUGGAAUGACUAAUGCAGGGUUGUCAUGAUGGUGAAGUUCACUUGGUGACAUUGCUAGUUGUCACAUCGGGAGGAAGAUAUGCUUCUCUUCUGUUUUCGAGAAGCCAGGGCUGCUGCUGGCUGAGGCUGCUGAGAGUUCUGCACUGUACAAAGCCCUUCCAGCAUGAGCAGGUCAUCUGUCUAACAGAAACCUAGAGCAGCUUCUGAGUAACUCUGGUCUAAAGAGAAUCAGAGGCUGCAGAGAUGGUUUUUAGGGUAUCUCCAGAUAUAACUGCCCGUUAGUUUCCAGCAUUAUUAUGAAGAAUUAGUCAUUGGACUUGUCUCUGAGUCUUCUGUGCUGGAAACAUCUGCGGGGGCUUGUAAGGUGGCAAACACCAGUGUUGCACAGGUGUAACCCACUGCAGAACAGGUAUCGGUCAUGUGAUACCCUUAAGUCAUGGGCGUGGGUUCCGCCUCUUCCUCUCCCUCAGCAAGCCACUAUGCCCACUGGCUUUGAGUCCUGGCUAGAUUAAUGGCAGAAGCAUUGGAACUGUAUGUUGGACAUGUAGGUCUGUUAGAAACAGUGUGAACUCAGCAUUUAGUGGGACAGGGCCUCCCUGGGCUUCCUCACUGGCUGUGUGAGCUCCGAACAAGUGCCACGCCAUACCUCUGUGUCAUGGGAAAGUUUACACAGCUGGAAGGAAAAUUAAAAUCUUUUGCAUAUUCCUGUCCUCACCUGCAUUUGCCACUCCACAAAUAUCCCCCACUGCCAUGGUAUAUCCCAAGAGUCUCAUCCAGGUCUCUGGGCUAGGCUCUUGUCUACACGACCACCAUGGCACCAUCACCACCAGGACAGAGGCUCUGCUCCGGUGCACAGCCUGAGUUCUGCUUACCCUGGGCUGGAUAUCCGGUUUCUACUGACCUUGGCUCAUCUGUGACUUUACAUCCCUGAGCACUCAGGUUCUGACACCAUAACCUCCCAUAUCCCCACACCCAUCAAGCUGACAACCUUAUCUUCAACUGUCCGGAGUCUGGCAGAAGCUGCUCUACAAACAGCAAGUUUAGCUCUGCUUUCUGUUUGCUCUUGCUUUGCCAAACCCAGAACCCUAGCCCUCAUAUACACUAUGAAAAAACUAUACCACAGAGCUUAUUUUAUUUUGAAACAAGAGUCCUUAAGCUGUCCUGACUGCCCUUGAACCCCCUCUGCAGCUCUGGGCCUUGAAACUGUGAUCUUCCUGCCUCAGCCUCCUACGUAGCUGGAGUCAGAAGUUUGCACUGCCAGGACCAGCUUCAUUGUAUCCUCUAGCUUCAAGUGCAGCUCCCAAGAAAGUUCCUUCGUGUGCAUUAAGCAGCUGCGAAUCUGCUUAUCUAAUAAAGGGAAGGCACUUACCCUCCUGGUAUUCCCCAGAGAAUCAUUGGCCACCUGCAUCUCUUUAGCUGCAUUUAAUAGCUCAGCCCAAGAUGAAUCUUCAUGAUUAACACAAAGCUCCUGAUUUUAUUUUCUUUCAGCUUUUAAAUGCUAGAACAAAUACCAUUGUUGUCCGCCGAGCCGCCCCCCCCGCACCCCCACCCCGGCCAGGGGUUGUGAUCAAAACACAAAAUUUGAUUCUAGAAUGAAUAAUUUAUUUUUAAAGUAAUUUCCAAAUACCAUUCUCCAUGGAAUCACAGAAAAGAGAUGUAUUGCUGUUUUUGUAGACUCAGGGAAACCCACAGUAUGUUCAUGACUGAUGUUUCUGGAAGCUAUACUCCCCACCAUGACUUAUCGCCAGAGAUAUCCCUAUACAGGAGUAUGGCUGGCUUAAAGUCCAUGUUGACUGACCCCAGUUCCUGCCUCUCGUAAGGCCAUCCCGUCUAUGUAUGUCUGUCUUCUCAGGACCUAGAAUAUUCAGUUAAGUCUUUAAAACUGUUGGAUUCCAGUAAUAGAGUAAUCACGUCAUAUCCCCCCCCCCCACCAAAAAAAUAGUAAAGAUCCCAAACUAAACAAGUUGCAUUUGGUAAAGCAUCUGCCUACGGAGCAGAGACACGCAUGUGAAAAGAUAAUUUGCAAAUCUGACGAGGCAGAGUCAUUGGGCUGCUUGAUGAACACAGUAAAACAGGUUUGUCUAAUGGGGAAACAAGCACUACUAUCAAACAGAAACUGAGUGUAUCCCACAUGGAAAAGUAAGCAGGCUUUAAUAUUGAGAAGCAUUUCAUGCUGUGCCUGCCAGCAACUCCCCGCCUGUCUGAUUUUCCUUAACAUAAAGGCCGACCUCACCUGUUUAAAAAUAAUUAGGAAGCCGGCAGCUGUGAUUUGGCUGGAAGUCCGUUCGGCCUCGUUUGCAUGUGUGCUUCUGACCCACUGAUGCCUCUCUGUUGCUGUCUCUGCAUGCAGGCACCAUGGUCAGCAAGGACACUGGCAGAUGCAUACUCACAACACCAGAGCAGGAAGUGGAGCCCGCCGCCUGCCUGGCCCUGGAGAUGAGAUACGCCCUGGACCCCAACAGGCAGAUCAAAAAGCGUAACAAAGCCCUGCAGGUGCGCUUUAAGGAUAUCUGUGAGGCCCAGAAUGAGCAGAGAGACACACAGUUGUCUUCGGGACCUCUGGGGGAGAAGCGAGAGGCCAAGGCUGUGUCCUGCAGGGUGGCAUAUCGUAAGUAUAUGACGGUGCCCGCACGCCGGUCCAUUCCCAACGUCACCAAGAGCACCGGUGUUCAGACCUCACCGGACCUUCGCAAGUGUUACCAGACAUUCCCGCUGGACCGCAAGAAAGGCAGUCUCAAAGGCCUGCCAGCUGCAGAUACCUUCAAAAGCCAGAACAAUGGGUUUCUAGCAGAUUCAAAAGAGAAGAGCGAGGCAGGGCCCACGGAGGACCCUCGGCCUUGCAGUGCAGGAAGGAUUCACAAGACCACAGCAUUGGUUUUCCAUUCCAACGAACACGUGAAUGCGCUGGACCAGCCCUCUGGGGUCAACUGUGCGGAGCUCUGCAAGUCCCCGGAUGUGCUCGGCUACCCUGAGGCUCUUUUGCAGAACUCUCGGCCUCCCUCUGAGGAGCCCAUCCACCAGCUGCAGGGGAGAGCUAAGCCUGACAGGGGCACCCUGGACUCAGAGGAACCCACUCCACUCACCCAUGGAAGGGUGUUUAAGACAGAGGUCGCCACUGUGUAUCCACCUGCCAAAAGCACCAGGGCCCCUGAGCCUGGCUUGUCAAACUCUGCUGCUGCCAGCCAAUGGUCUCUCUGCCCUACAGAGGAGGAGCAGAGGCGGGCCGCCCACCUCAAUGGGCUGCAGGUAUCCACAGGCUCGGCUGUGGCCUGCUCAACCCCGGUGCAGUGCCUGUCCCCAGAAUGUAGCGAACAGCCCCUGCAGAACCAGCCUAGCCCCACAGCUGGGGUAGGGGAUGAAGAACGCCAACAAAUUGUGCCUCACACAGAAGUGGUAGACCUCAAGGCCCAGCUGCAGGUGAUGGAGAACUUAAUCAGCUCCAGCCAGGAGACCAUCAAAGUGCUGCUGGGAGUUAUUCAGGAGCUGGAGAAAGGAGAAGCCCAUCGGGAAGGGUAUGUAUGUCCACUGUGUCUUAUUCCCAGCCGGCUCACCACUUGCAGGCCCAUCAGCCCCGAUGUUCCAUCCCUAAGAAGUCUAAUGCCAGUGUUUUUGUGGGUGUCAGAGCAGCAGUCUAAAGAGCUAGCGAGCUACAAGGGUCACGGGUGUGUUGAAGGGCAGGCCUCCUGGCACACUCAUCUCUGGCAUUUGGUGGUUAGUAUUUACCCAUCUAGCCUUGGGUUUCAAUCUCUCUCUGUCUAUUCAGGGAGUUGAUGGGUCUUCCUUACGAUCUUUUCAGAUAGAUGUUUCUGAUCUUGAUGAGUUGUAAUGUGCUUGCUAGUUCAAAAUAUCUACAUAAGAAGCCACUUGCCUCUUAGGAGUCCCACUAUAGAAGGGAAUAUUAGAACAAAUCAGACAGCAUCAGGAAAAAGGGAUGCUAGUGACUGAUAAAUGAUGUCACUGGGAUGGGCAUUCUGGACCAAAAAAGGUCUCGUGUAAGAGACAGCCUUUGGUUUUCAUUUUUCCCCCUGGAGCACACAGAGGCAGAGCCCCUCUGUAGAUAAAGCCCUAUCUACAGGAGUAGCCCACCCAUGAGUUGUUCUGGAUGUCCAUUUGAACUACAACCCAGUCCAAAAAUCAACAAGGGCUUGUUGGACUUGACCAGUUGCUGAUUGUCUAAGCUAGAAAACACAUCUCCCCCAGUCCUCACCAUAGGCAAGGCUAACAGAGCUGGUUCUAUGUAUCUUCAAACAGUGCCCGUGGCUUACCAACUUUUUCUGAUUGGCCACACCUUCUCUUUUACAGCCCGUUGAAACGCCUGACCCACUCUAUGUUCUCGAGGUUGGAUGUGAGGCUGUGUUAUCUUGUCUAUGUAGCUGGUCCCCUUUAUUCUGUGGGUGAAGUGAGCUUCGAGCGGUGUGACAAGUGGAAACCAAGUAAUACAUUGCCACUGCGGCAGAACUCACUGGGCUCGGAUGAUUGCUGUGGUUGAAUUAGACAAGGUUUGCUUACUGCAAGCAGUGGAGAAGAAAUAGCCUCUGCCUUCCAGGGCAGGAGUGAAAGCUAAUGCAUUGGUUUCAAUAGCAAGACACAGAGGUCAACAGGAACCAAUCCUGGUCUUUAAUACAGCCUUUAAUAACUGGAGUCAGACAGUAACAUAAAAGGAUGUCACCAACACCAGGUAGAAAACGCUGAACUGGAUGAUGUCUGCCAGUGUCUAGUGAUGGUCUCACUAAUUAAUGGAUUUGCAUAGGAGAAAGAGGGUCUGAGGAACACUUAGGGUCCCAUAUUUGAAUCCGGUUAUAAAUGCAACCCCACAGGCAGAGCACAAAGGCUGCUACUCAACACUGCCCUGGAAACCCUGGGGAUUCUUUGUUGAGCAGAGUGGCUGACAGCCACCUGUGCUUAAUGAAACUCAUAAACUCAAGUUAAUUGUGGUUAGUUACACUUGACCAUUCAUUUCCCCAGUCACACUGGCCAGGAUGUAAGAGGUUGGUAGUGUCAGUCAAAAGACAGAGAAAAGGUCUCCUGUCACAGAAAGCCUUCCACUCCGCUAUCUCAAAGCUUGCCCAGGGCCCUAGCCAACUUACGGUUUGGCACCUUAAAUCAAGGCCAAUUACUGUAGCUCUCUCCCUCACCUUUAAAAUCUCUGCUUGGAUCUUCAUCCAUACAGGACAAGCUCAGUUUCUUAACUCAGGUUCACAGUGUGGUAGCUCCUCACAUCAGGUUCUAGAACACUCAAUCCCAUACACCUCAGGGAACUGACUGGUAAACGUAACAGGAGUCAAGAAUCAAGUAGGUUCAAAAUCUAAGGCCACUAUGCCCAUUCUAGGAUCAAGAUCAUUAAUUUAUCUAAUACUCAGAGUUCCCACUGCCCUUGUCCAUGUGGGGAUCACAGAGGGAAGCAGCCUCUAGGGGACAAAGCAGAAGCUGUGAGAUGGAGGUUCCAAGGCAUCUCCAGAGAUUGAAGGGCCAGCCAUAGUCAGUUCCACACUGUGACACCUACACAGCUCUGGGGAAGGGUAGUAUCUGCCCAUUUCCCUGGUGUAAAUACCGCCUUCCCAGGCAAUUGCAUCAGCCCCCAAAUCCUGAAAUUAAAAGUGCCUGCUGCUCUGAUCAUCCAAGCCAACCCUUGAAUGAUGCCCCUGUGGUCCUGAGGAAAGAAGAAAAAGUUCUCAGGACCUGAAGAUUUAUGUAUAUCACGGAGGCGAGGGAUGAUGGUGUUGGCUGUAUCUCAGGUUAAAACAACAGGAAGUACAUCCUGCUCUAUGCUGGUUAAACUUUGAUGCAUGAGAAGAUUAUUAUAUUUUAUUUAUUUUUCUCUGUGUGUGUUUGGGGCAGAAAGGACAACCUGCAGCAAUCACUUCGGUCUUUCCAGCCCCAUGGCUCAUGGAGACAGAAGUCAUUGACUGGGCUUGGUGGCAGGUGCCUUUUCCCACCAAGCCAUCUUGCCAUUCGUAUAGAUGUCUCAUUACUUUCUGCGAAAUGACAAAUAAUUAAAGAAUUUUAAAAUACCCAAAGACGUCCCUAGGAUAUAGUCUCAAACCAACGGCUCACUGACAGUAAAAGAUGCUUCCAAAGCAACGGGCUAGUGUCAAGGCUUCUACUAGCUGACCAUGCCCAGUAAAGCACAGAGUGGUUCUGGAUAAAAAAGUCACCAGUACCAAGAAGGAUCUCCUAAUGGAAGUGGGCCCAGAGGGGCUAUCACUGAAUCUAUGUGACAUGUCGUAUAGCCAUAUUCCUAUAAUGUUUUCUGGGAUAGAACUGAGCCUUUGACAGUCAUACACCGUCUCUUGUAUUAAUGUAAGGGGAAAGCGAAGAUCUUGGAGCCUGACCAGCAGCCUCUACAUAUGGUGGACUGUACUUAAUGUGUGAUAUCUUCGAUGGGGUUUUUCAUUAUCUAGUGGCUCUUUCUCUGUGGAGGGACGUGUACAUCACCAGACAGCUGCCGUGAGUCCCUUCCGAGUUGUUCUUCCUGUGAGACGCUCCUAUUAAUCUCACUUGCUCCUAUGCUUGAGCAGAGAAAGGUCUCUUCAUUGGUAACCGAGCUUCAGUGGGUCCUCAUCAAGUAGGAGUGGCAGAGGCUUAGGUAAGGUCUGUAGGAAGCCCCUGCCCAUCAGAGCACACAGGGGGGACAGGAUGAAAGAGUAGACCUAUGGACAGCAUUCGAAAGGACGCCUUCUGUAAGGAAAUGGUUGUGCCAAGAUUUCCUCACAAUCAUGAUUUUCAGUCCCCCGUAAAACAUUUGGGCAAUUCACGCAAAUCACUGUGCUUUAUGCGGCACAGGCUGCAUUUGCUCACCCGGCUGGCAGGAAUGCCAAGAGCUACCCUGCCUAUUUCAGUGUUCUCAGUGUUCUCCUGGCCUCUCCUCAGGAAGUGCUAGGUCACACAGGCUACCUGCAUGCCUGAUGCUUUUGUUAAAGGUUGAGAACAGGGCAAGCGGGAUAUGGAAACCCAACCAGUUCUUGAAACAGUGGAAAUUCCCUGUAGCCACUCUGGGCUUCCUGAGCUGGACAGUCACUGACCAGCUGCCUGAAGGGCCUCAAUGCCCAGGACACUGCAGCAUCAGCAGCGCCCUGUGAGGAGACAGCUCUGCUGGCCUCAAAGCUUACCCAUCCCAGACACUCUAGAGCAGUGGUUCUCAGUCUUCCUAAUGUUGUAACCCUUAACACAUGUGUGGUGAUCUCAAACCAUAAAACUGUUUUUGUUGCUACUUCAUUACUAUGAUUUUGCUGCUGUUAUGAACUCUAACUGAUAUGCAGAAUAUCUGAUAUGCAUUUGACACCCUCCCCCAAGGAGCACGACCUGCCAGGUUGCUGGUUGAGAACCACUUGAUCCAGAAAAUUAAUAUAUUCACUCCUAAAAGCCCAACAAUACCUUCCAAGUCAGAGAAGACCAGAAACGCAUGGGAGAAACUAUAUUAACCACAAGGCCAAGACCAGACAUUCACCAGACCACAGCUUCUUCACUGACAGGUCACCCCAAGCCAGUGAGGGGCACCCAGGGCAUGCCAGGCCUUGAAACACAGAUGAUAAUAAUAGAAAUAGUAAGUAGAAAUAAUAAUAGAAAAGCAGACAUGAAGCAUGGGACCUCUAUGUCUAUAUUGAGUCAGAAAACAUGUGAGACCAAGCUUAAAAGAAGACUUAAGCUAAGCUGUCUGAGAAAAGGUCCUAAUUCCUAGGCAAGGCAACAGUUCCCUGUCAGUGGUGUAUACUUCAGCCAGGUAACAGGUGGCUUCUUUGUGGUCUGAGACCCAGUUCUCCCUAUUUGGGGCACACAGUGGUUUAACUAACAAUUUAUUUUAUUUAAAAAUAAACUACACACACACAAGUUCAGGGUUUUAGUGAAGACAGCAUGCUUUCAAGACUUGGGAGAUUAAAUAACUGAGUUAGCACACCUUAUACGGCAACCUGUACCAGUGUUUCCUCGAAUGUAUUUAUUCUGUUAACAUACAAAACUGGAAGUCGCAACCAUGUAAGAAAGAGUCCCGUGCAGACAAAUAGGUGGGAGGUGAGGACUCCACUCCUAGAGGUGACCUGUGACACUGGAGGACCUCAGAAUCCCUUCCCAUGGAGCAGAGCCAGCAAUCAUUGGGAGGUUCAGGGGCAGAUUAUCAGCUUUGGGAUGCAUAGCCAGAUGAUCCCCAUUCCGUCUUUAUCCUAAAAGCAGCGACAGGCAAUCCAAAUAUUAACAGUCAUGGUUGUGUGGCAACGAACAUUUACACAGAGGGUUAGACCAGAGACCACAGGGGUGACUUAGAUGGAUAGGUGUUGGGACUACAUCAGUUGAUGAGCUAAAACUCAGUCACAUACAGGAGACGUGUAGUUCAUUCACACAACCAGAGGGUUUCUACUAAGCAAACUCUCAGUGCUGGAUGCCAAAUAAGGUCCACCUUUGAGAAGUACAUCAUUGACUGCAUUCAGUUUGUUCACAGAUAUGCUUUACUUUCCCCCAGCAUGUAUGACCGUCACACAAUCCCUAGCUUUGGAAUUGUGUGUGUAUGAGUGUGUAACACAGAACUGUCAAUUGCAUGGCAGCAUCCUUAUAGACAUAAGAAAGCUGCCCCACCCUUAUGGGAAUAAAAGGCUAUUUGUUUUCAUUGAUCUGUUGAUGCCGGGUAGAUAGAACAGUACACAGGUUCUUUAUCCCAUCCUCAUAUUGACAGGACACUCAGAAUCAGGCAUUUCAGAACCUGUGAGGAGAUGAGAAGCCUCCUGGAAUUGUCUCUGAUUACCCAGGCCCAAAGGGAAUAAAUGCUGUGUCACAAUACCAGAAAAAGUGGAAAGGGACAGUUUACUUAUUCAGGUUUAUAGAGCAAGAGGAUGCCAGGGGAUUAGUACACCCCAGGGGAUCUGUAUACCCUGGUGGCAGUGGUGGCAGAGACCUGAUUGAUCAUAAAACUUUCCCACUGCAUCUAAGUUCCUGACUCCCAGGUCCUCCUUCUGGAGUUCAGGCAAAGCUGGGUCCAGUCAGGUGAUGUCAUCCCACCCAGGCUCUACACUGCCUGUUGGAUGAAGAGGCGUUCCUACCAGAAUUGACCCACUACAUUAAGAUCAAGGUCUUGAACCUGGUUAGCUGGGAAAGGUCUCAGAGGUGGAAGGGCUGAGGGCACAGUGUUUGACAGCCUUCCCCAGUGACCAUGAUCCUAAGAGCUACUCUUGUGGAUUCUGCAAGUCUGAAUGGUGUCUUCCUCAGCUCUGGCAAGAUGUUCCACAGGCAAGCAGGGCACAGUGAGCAGUGAGAGAAGGCUUUGCUAAGCUCCAAAUCAGAGGCAGAAAGGGCCUUAAUUCUGCCAAAUGCUCUCCUGUCUCUUCAGGUACUCUAUUUGCAGGGGAUGGAAAUGUCAGCACUCCGUUUUCUAAUGUUCUUGAGGAAUCUGUCCAGGUGGCUCUCUGUACAGUUAUUGUAACCCAAAACAUUUUAAAGCAGUAUAGUCAGCGGAGAGAGGUCAGCAUCCACUGCACUUAACCCACCCCCUCAGGAAAUGGGCUUCAUCGAGACAGCAAAGCUGAAGGACCACAGCUCUGCUGAGCAGAGAUACUCACACUGACAUGGCCUCCUCUUGCUACUCAAUAGAGUCUCCAACCUGCUGGACCUCUGCCUCUGCCUUUGUAACUGAGACCUCUAAAUGCCUUAUAGCCCGCAUACCUACCUACUCAGGGGAUUUAAGAAUUAAAAGAAACUUGGAAGACAGGUGUGGUGGUAUACACCUCUAAGCUCAGCACAUGGGAAGCUAGGGCAGAAGAAUGGUGAGUUCAAGUCCAGUCUGUGCUACAAAGUAAGACUGUUGUUUCUGAAACACAGAAACCUAUGGAAGAUAGGAAUCCCAUACCCAGAGGUUGUGUGCCUGUAGCCCCUGCUUUCCUGUAAAGUUAGUUUCUCUGACAAAUAACCUUGCAGGAAUAAGUCACCAGGUCAAGGCGUGUAGGCUAGAACAUAUGGAGUGUGUCCUCUGGCUUUGAUACAUGGAUCAGGGGGAGGGUGUUCACCUCUGGAGGGUGAACAAGGGCUGAAGAUUACAGAAUCGAGGCACUGGGCUUUAAACUUCACUUCUGGAAGGAUUGGCACACUCACUCAGAUCACAGGGAAUUGAGAUGAGUCAGGGCACUUGGACCUGUGUCCAGAUCACCUGGCUUUGGCUUUCUGGAUUUUUUUCUGUCUGGAAGAAGGCUCCUUUCUGCCCUAAGAACACGUUCUGCAGAAAUAUCUAGAAGUAGUACAACUUCAGCAGCCAUCUUAAAAUACUCAUAAAAACUUACUGGGGAAAAUUCCUGCCUACUGAUCUGCCAACAUAGAGAACAAUCCCUUCUAAGGCCCCCUUCCUUCCCUCCUCUUGACCCUUCCCCAGUGCCUUUGCUCUCAGGUGCUGCAGGUGAAGGUGGGAUUCUCUUAGAAGAUUUUAGGGAAACUAAUUUUUUCUAUUAUAGUACAAGGCUUUUAUAGAUGUGUGAUAAAGUAGUCACAUUCCCACAUCCAAGUGUCUUGCUCAGUUUUGUGACUUUUGAAGUGACAGUGCAUGCCAGGGCCUUCCCAGUGUGUGCAUUCAUCUAAUUCCCAGGGUCCCGGGGAGCCGCCUUUCACACUCAUGUUUAGAUAGCGUUGUAAAUAGGAAUCUGAAGUUCUUGGAAAUGAUAAGUUCUUCCCUUCUUAAUAUUUAAAAAAAAUAAAGCUAAAUAUAUUUGUAAGUGUAUAAAACACAUUUGUCAUUCUUGCUCUGGGCUUCGUGUAGGUAUCCUAUAUACCUGAAAAUGGAAUUUAAAUAAUCUUCCUGAGCAGAGUGCCAAAAUAGCUUUGAAAUAUCUCCCCAGACUUUCAAGUUGGCCAGUGAAUAGAAACCUCACCACUGAGCCACUAGGCAACUCCGAAACCCCGUUUGCAGAUAAAAUGAGCAAUGCAAGGCAUGACAUGAACAUUUAUGAAAUUUAUGGAUUUGUGUUCCAGAAUUCAGAUUAAAAAAAGGAAGAAGAAAUGUGAGUUCUGGUUUUCAAAUACUUUUUCAAACCUCAUGCAGUUUCUGUUAAGCAAUGCAGAAAUGUCCUACACUCUACUUUCCGCUGGGUCUGAGGCAAAGUCCCAUGGGAGAGAGGCCGCCCAGGUAGAGCCCCUCUGAGCUCAGUACCUCAGAAGCAGCUACUUGGAGCAACCUACAAUACACACAGCAUUUCUGAGCCUUCCCAGAGCAAUCUGAGGUAAAUGAUCUCCAGCAGAGAGCGAGCUGAGGCUUGGGUGUACUGCAGAGGCUCUUCAGGGUCAAGAGAGAGGGAGAGUCUGAGUUCACAGGUAGGUGGUAUGAGACUUUGCAGGUCCCUGAAACUGGAGACACAGCAGGUCUGCACAUGGAAGGAGGAAAGGAGAUAUUUCUCAGGCUACUGCAGCUCUAGGUUCUGCUAUGAUUGAAGGGGCUGCAGAAACUCUGCUUCUGUCUCCCUCUACUCUUGGCUCACACAAAAUGAAUUCAAUCUCUGGGGAAAGGAGACUUUCAGGGCUAGAGGCAGCAUAGACCACCAUUCCCAUACAACGGAUAUUCUUAACGAUUCAUCCUGACCAGGAGUAAUGCCCUUGGUGUGAUCACUGCAGAAAAAUCAAGACCAUUUAUCUCUUAAGUGCAGGGACCUGGGAAACAAGAGAAAGCUGCCCGGGGGAAUCAGCUCAUCACAUGAGCAGCUCACGGAAUACCUACCCAACAGCCAGGCACUGACUUCCUCAAACUGAUUCAAAUUAGAGCAAUGUGUGAACAAUAAAUCAAAACAAACUUUUCAGUGCAACAUAAAAACAACAAACAGAAGCAGAUUGAACAAUAAAGCAGAAGGCUCUAAUACAAUGUAAAAUAAACACUGAAUUUAUCCUAAAGCCCAGAGGGGACUCACUGUGGAGUUUGGCUGGCCUGGAACUUUUUCUAUAGGCCAAGCAGACAGAGCCACCAACCUUUGCCUCUCAAGUGCUAUCAUUAAAGCUGUGUGCACCUCAUUCUAGCUGGGAUAAAAUCUCUUAGAUCAACAUCAAGAGGUAUGCGAUAGAUUGUAUCCCCAGUUGAGUCUCAAAGUGGACAGAAAGGAUUUCUACCAAUCACCUUACCAAGAUAUAAAAAUACAUUAAAGGGCUUGUUUUUACUUUAUGCACUUGCAUGCUUUGCCUACAUCUUUGUUCAUGACAUGCAUGCAGUGUGCAUGGCAUACAUGCAGUGUUCAGAAGGCAUACAGUACAUAUCAAAGCAAGAAGAAAAUGUCAGAUGCCCUGGAACUGGACUUACAGAUAGUUGUGAGCUGCCAUGUGGGUGCUGGGAAUUGAACUCAGGUCCCCUGCAAGUGCAUCAAGCGUUCGUAAUCACUGAGCCAUCUCUCCGGCCUCGGCUAGUUAGAUUUUAAUCUUCAGCAAGGAGAGUUCAGGUACAUUUGUUUCUCAAAAGAAUGCAAGAUCAGCUUUGAAAAACCACCCAAGCUUCAAGAAGCAAAAAGCCUCAGUUAAAACUGUUAACUAAGCUAAUCUAAAUACAUCAAAAGAAUCUAUAAAUAAAAGAUAAAAGCCCUUGUGGGUAUUUAUCAUCAAGACCUGCAAGUGCACAGUCACACUUUCAAAGUGAAACCUCCAUACAUUACCACAUGCUUGACUGAUAGGACUCAAGUGGAGAGAAAUGGCAGCCAGAAGGGAAAAUCCAUCAUAGUGCCAUAAACUCACAUCCUAAUUUUUAUUCCCUUUGUGUAGCCGGUACCACCAAAAAAAUUCAUUUUCAUUAAUUUUCAAUAAACUAUGGCUUAAGCAUUAGCUCUCCUUUCGGAACACAAAUUAAUCAAGCCUGCCUCUGCUCAGCCCUAGAAAGCCAUCUUUCUUAUUAUUAAUAGAUAUUUCUGGUGCCUUCUGGGGCAAGUGGCUUGUUUGUAUCACUAUUGUCAUUAUUUUGCAACUAGGCAUCUCCUCAGCUGCAUAAGUACAUUAAAGACAAUGCAAGCUACGCACAUUAACAGUAAAAGUUGGAAGUCCACAAAGAGCCUCACCAGAGUGAGAGGGUCACCACAUCUGGGGCCAUGGUAAGCUGGUAACAGUUUGUCUGGCACUGCUGCCUACAGAAAACCAUGGAGUUCAUGAGGGUAGUUCUCACGGAGGGGUGCUUUUACCCUGAUUGCUUGUGUGUUAAAUGAGUGACCUUUCCCAGGCGUGUGAGGAGGGCAGCGUAGGGGACAAGUGCUAAGCCAUAUUUUCCAUUUGCAUAUUUUCCAUUUGCUCAUGCAUCCAUUCAUCUGGUCAUCGUUCAAAACAUACUUCUUGGCCAUUCACUAUAGCACCAACAUGGGCCACACACUGCAAGUUCACCAGAUCCUUGCCUACAUUCUGGUGUGAACAGAUAAGGCAAACUGUCCAUUAGCAUAGAGGCAAUUGGUGUAGUGAAGUUUAACAUGGGGGAGAGGGGAGAGGCAGAUGUUAGCUUUUUAUUAGGAAAAAGACAGGCAGAGGCUACAUCCAAGUUCUUCUGAUCAGAGGAGGGCACAUGCUAGACAUCACUUGGACAAAGAAAGGAAGGAAGCUACCAUGUUGAUACUGAAUGCUAGAGGCCCUGGCAGGGAAAGCUAGUGGAGGGCAGACAAGAGGUCAGCAAAGGGCUCCCAACAAGCAGGAUAGUCCUCCAGAGCUCUUGACACCAGACAGGCAACUGCAUAGGUGCCAACUGUCACCCCACUUCCAAACCAAGGGGGUAGGAAUGAGUACCUCAAAUUGUUUUGCCAAUAGUGGAUAUGACUGUGAUGUGUCUAGUCUCAGUGUUUACCCUUAACAACCUACUUUGAUUAGAGACCCAGGCCCAGCAAGGGUCAUACAACUGCAAAGCCUGACUCAGCUGAGAGGCAGCGACUGGGGAAAGAAACCUAGUCGAACCAUUAACUAAGAAGGUUCGCCUUACUUUGGAUUAUUAAUACAUGAUUGUGGAGUUGUUCAUGAAAACCAACUUUUAAGCUUCUUUUUUUUUUUUUUUUUUGGUUCUUUUUUUCGGAGCUGGGGACCAAACCCAGGGCCUUGCGCUUCCUAGGUAAGCGCUCUACCACUGAGCUAAAUCCCCAGCCCCUUAAGCUUCUUUUUAAGAAGCUUAAAACAAUGGGCAAAGUGCUUGUGGUGCAAGCAUGAAGACUUGAGCUCGAAUUCCCAGCACACACAGUUGGGCACUGAUUUGGAUGUGUAACACCAGUGCUGAAGGGCAAGAGUGCAAAGAAAGGGGAAAUCCCUGCUCCCUAGCCAGCCAUUGAGCUACAGCUUCAGUGAGGGACCCUCUCUCACAAUAUAAGGUUGGUAGUAGUGGAGAAAGACACCUCUGUUCUCCCCACAUGCAUACAUACAUACAUACAUACAUACAUACAUACACACACACACUACCCCAAGUCCCGUCCCCCACCAACACACACACACACACACACACACACACACACACACACACACACACACACACACACACAUCCACACCACAAAGCCUUAUUCUGAUGCUCCCUAAAUCCUGACAUAUAAUAGCUUACAUCUAUGUAGGCUCCAGUGCUUACAACAGAUGUAGAUGUUUCUGUGGAUAUAUUGGGAAAGUCUAAAUUCACUUUAGCAACGGAAGAGCUGAUACAUAAACUAGGUACGCUUCCAGUACAUGAUCUGGCAAAUUCCUAGUGAGGUUUCAGAUGCAGAAACAAGCUGGGUCUGCUUCUAGGGAAGCUUCAGGACCUGUGAGGUUCCCUACAACAUCCAACUCUGACUACUUUUGAAAUUUAAUUUCUUGCCAGUAGCAGAGGUAUGGUGUGUUUCUAAUUAAUGUCACUUUGAAACUGUUAUGUGGAAAAGCCCAUUAAGAUGCUGACACAAACGAUGGCUUAGCUAUCAAGAAGGGACAGCUGGGCAGGAAUGCAAAAGGAAAAGAAAAAAAAAUUGGCACCAGGUGAAAAAAGCCCAAAGAAAAAAGAGAGAUCAAAAUUAAGAGGAUAAAUUAGAUAAGAACAUAAAUUAUCACAGAGAACAGAGAUGGUCUUUGCAUUUUUGCAAGAAAAGCCAUCUUUUGCUGAGGGCCAUACCCACAGGACUAGGACACAGCCUUUGUGUUAAUUCAGUGUGACAGUUCCAACACUCUAUGUAACUAGUGUUUUGAAAAACUACACUUGGAGGGUCACCCCCAGAGUUAGCAUCAUGCCAAUUGCUUUGGUUCAGUAUUAGAAAUGUGACCUUGCUGAAAAUUAAUACGCCAUUUAAAAGACAAGGAAUAAGCUACAAGGUCACUUGCGGUCCCUUGGACUGUGUAGAGUUUUGGGGGAUGGACCCACAACACACAGCAUACAAACACUGCCAAGAGAAAGAUUCUCCUGAGUGCUGCAGUCAAACCAGACUCAAUACAAAGACUGGUGCAGCCACUGAGGCAGGUGAGCCAGGGAGUUUUAAGUUGAGAACUUAAAACUACUCUGCUUUCUCUACCUUCCCUUUCUCUCUUUCAUUCUGAUCUGCUCCUUUUUAUUUUACAUGUAUGGAUGUUUUGCCUGCAUGUAUGUAUGUACACUGUGUAAAGUGCCUGGUGCCUGUGGAGGUCAGAAGAGGGUGCCGGAUCCCCUAGUACUGGACUUGGACAGUUGUAAGCUACAGUGUGGGAGCUAGAAACCAAAUCUGGGUCCUCUCCAAGAACCUCAGCCCUCCUCUCCUCUUCCUCCCUUUUUGCUUUCUUGUCCCUACCUUCUUCUAUUCCCCCUGCCCCCACCCCCACCUUCUUUGAACAGUCGAACUACAUCUCCCAUUUGUUUUUGAACUCCUAGACUUUGGUAGCUCCCCACCCCGUGACCACCACCACCAGUCUUUGCUUCCCUGGUAGCUGGAGUUCUAAUCCUGGAGUUCUAAUCCACAUGGUCAAUAAUCCCUCACAGUGCAGCUGAGAUUACUGUCACGAGUGCAAGGCCAUGAGUUUGAUUCUCCAUACCAUGAAAGCAAAAAUAUCUUGGGGAGUGGGGUGGGAGGGGAGUAUGUAGGCAUCACUGUGACUAUAGGAACAACAGAACUCAGUCAAAAAAAAAAUAAUGCCAACAUUACAGUCAACACCAGAAAGCAACUUCUCAUUCCCAUUUUUCUGUGAGAUCUUAGAACUUUGUUGGACACUGCUGCUCAUAAAAGCACAGGGAGAGAGUGACCUCAUGCUGGACUUCCCCUCCCUGCCUCCUCCCUCCUGCUGUUCUUCUAGGUCCUCCUCCUCUUCUUCCUCCUCUUUCCCUUUCCCUCUCCUUUCUUCCCUCAUCCUCUUCUUCCCUUUUCCACCUCCUCCUUCUCUCCAACCUCUUGUUCUUCUUCACUCCUCCCCUUUUCCUUCUUCCCUGCCCCUCCCCUUCUAUAUUUUAUCCAAACUCCACUCCUCCUCCCUCCCCCUCUCCUCUGUUUUAUCCCUUCUGAUCUUCUACCCAAACAAAUAGUGCUUGGCUUUUGCAUUAUCUUGUUUUUACUCAAGAACUGUGUGUCCAGUCUCUUUGGAUCCUGCAGGCUGUCAGAGACAGCAAGCAGCUUGGUUGGGGAUUAGAGCUCCCAGCAACCCUUCCCUGACACCUCUUAGACCCUUCAUACCACCUAACUUCCCCUGAUAAGUUGAUGAGAUGCAGACAGUCUCUCUCUCCCAUCCCCUGGCCUAUGGCAUCUCUGGGGCAAGGACAGCAUCUUGGUGGAUCUCAGCUGAGGUUGGCAGCCAUCCUUCUUCCUCUAGCAUCACUAUGGGGUGCUAUAAAAACCACUGCAGCAGCUCAGCUCUGUGUCUCCCUUCUUUGUUUCUUUCAUAAUUUAUCCCUGGUAAAAGGAAACACUGGAGAAUCCCAUACAGCAACUGUUAACGAUGCUUUUCCACAAAUACGCACUCCUACAUAUGAAAGGGGAUACACUGGUAGAAAAACACAUAUUUAUAUGUUCAGAGACUUUUACUAACAAACAACUGAAGAACUGGAGCAAAUUACUAUCAAAGCAUUCAGUAGCUAGACUAGAGUCCUGAACCGAAUUCAAGGAAUGCUGGCUGGCCACUUCAGUGAGGCAUCCAUCUCAUUCUCUGGACCGGGACACCCUGAGAUGCAGGCUGUACUCUGCAAGCCACACCCCCGGUGCCUUCUAACAUGAUGUAAAGCCUUGAUGAGAAAUACGGUUUCAUAUCAAAGGAGAAGUGACCGAAUAACUGGUCUCCACCAGAAGGCCUUGUGGACUGAACUUGUCUAAAUUCUGUUUAUCUAGAAUACCGAGUGCUUGUCCAGAUUCCACUGAACUUAAAUCAUGUCUAGUUACCUAGACCUUCCCAGAGAGCCCGUUCUAACACAAAGAUCUGUCUAAAGAGCAUCAUCAUGAUAAAGAAGUUCUGGGCAGCUGAUUUCUGAGUUAGACUGGUAUGCUAGAGCCAAGGGGAAAAGGUAUACAGGGCUGGGGAUGUGGAUCAGUCAUUAAAAUACUUGCCUUGUAAGCAUGAGAGUUCAGUCACCAGAAACCAUGUGAAAAGCAGGGUUUAUCGGCAUGCUCUUAUAAUCCCAGUGAUCAUGAGAUGGAAAGUAAGGACAGACAGAUCCCCGGGAGCUCACAAAUAGCCUAGUCUAUUUGUUCCAGGCAAACAGGGAUCCUGUUCUAAACAGAGAAAGGUGCCUGAGGCUUGAAACUCAGAGCUAUUCCAGAUGCAUGCACUUCUACCCAGAUAGCACGCACACACUCAUGAAUGAGGAAGGGCAAAUAGGUGGACAGACGGGCUGUUCUUAGAUUGUUCCUAAGAGCUGCUCUCUGGCCUGGGUGCUGUCCUUGGUGCUAGAGCCUAUUUCCCUCAAGUCUAAUAACAUUUAUUGUUAAGACUGAAAACUUACAGGUCACUACAGUGGGACAGCUAACCUGUCUUUACAUAGGACAAAUAUGUUUGCCACUGGAGUCCAGAGGGUUCAACUUAUGUGACUAGAACUAUUCACAAUUUAUCCUUCCAUUUCCUGUGGCAUUUACUUCUGACUAUAUUGACUAGAGUCAUAUUAUCCGAACAAUCCAAGGGGACCAGGUAUUAAAUCGAGAAUGAACUUACAACCAGGUAUAAAGCCUGGAUUCCUGAAUGCAGCCAGGAAGAAAACUUUAUAUAAAGUCAGCACCUUCUCAGACUCCCUGGUUUGUAUUUAGGCCACUACCUUAAGUGCUUACAUCUGUGAACUUCUGAUUCACCGCAGAUCUGUGACUUAUUGUCCCUGAAGAGGCUUCUUGCUAUAGUAGUCUGAGGUCGGGCAUUGCUCUUCUCAGUUACAAUAGUGACACAGAGUGACAGUCCUUCCAUGGCCUGAUUUUAUGGAAAAGGUUCCCAGGGCAGAGGGGAAAAGAAAGGACAUUACUGAUUACACUUGGUGUUCUCUGCCCUCAGGUAGAGCGAAUCUGUUAUGUCUGCAUUUGCAGCAUGGACCCAAUUUACAUAUUGCAGCCCAGUUAUUAGUGUAGCCUUAAUAUGAUCAGUGAAGCCAAAUCCUAGAGCUUGGAAGGUCCAAGAUCAAUUAGCAUAGAGUACAACAAAUCCUUUAGUUAAGAGUACUGUACUGAGAACACUCCUAGGGAUCAUGCCUUUGAUGGAUAAAUUUUCCGUAGGGACAAUGACUGACAAGAGCUGCUGGCAGGAACCCUGGGGUGAGUUAGCCACACAGCAAAUGUCAGCAUUUUACAUUUCACCACAAGCUAAUCCCUCUCUGACUUGUUUGAUUCUUUUAAAUGACAGCCACAGAAAGAAUAUUAAAGAAACGGUUGGAAACAUUCAGAAGGGUCCCUCCAAGAGGGGUCCUGGUAGGUAAUGAAGUCCUGAAUGUAAGUCUCCAAUAGGGAAAGCUGAUGGGAAAAUACCACUGAGAAAAGAGAAAUGUGACUAGCCACCAUUGGGAGGCCAUCCAACCCUCCCUGGUGAACUCUACGUCUGCAGAGCACAUCACAAGCACUUACCAUCAUCGCAAACAGCUUCUUGAUAGUCAUAGCCAAGCCUGAUUCUGUAGGUACUUGCUAACUUGGGGUAGAAAUGUGUGCUUUUUACAAGUGAUUAGCAUAGUCAGCUCAGGAGAGCUUAGGAAAGGACAGUUUCUUGCUAAAGCCUCCCACUAUCCUGGCAGAGGGUCCUCUUGUGACUCUCUGGUGCCUGAAGCCUUUGUCCUGUCAUUUUCAGAUUCACUGACUAUCCCAAGCUGCCAAUUACAUGUAGUAAAAACACAGGUCCCUAGAUGGAGGCAAUGCAGCACAGAGUAUCAGAAGCCUGGGGUCUAAGAAUAAUGAGAUCCUGGUCCUGGAGUGUGGCUGGAUUCCCUUCCAUAAAAUGAGAAGAGAAUAAUUAAUUGGCAGACUCUGGGCACUAAUACAAGUGAGACUCUUGAAGCUUGGAGGUGACUAAGCAAAGAUGAGAAGUGAUGCGGAACAGGUGUGGUAGAGGUUGUAGUGAGGUCUGUGGCAGGAAGGUUCUAGGAGCUUGAAGUGUACCAAUGGUGGUCCCCAGACAGUGGCUGCAGAACACAAGAGCCUUCUUUAAGAACCUAGAGUUUGGUUGUGGCUAGCACAAAAGGCUUCCUGGUAGGUGCACUGCCUGUCCAUUGCUCAUACCCAUUAGGACAGCAGCCCUUGUGGGCAACCCGGUCUAGCAGAUUGACAGAACAUCAGAGUAGACAGACACUGUUAGGAUGUCCAGCACAGAUGCGGCCUCAAGUACAGUUUCUCACCUUAUGGGGGUAUGGUCAAGAACAAACUGAGGACCAAACUCAAGUGAGGAGACUAAAGAGUGGCUUUGUGCAUACCCGAGAGGAUGGACAAGAGCUCUGUAUACACCCGAGAGUUUGGAGAAAGGCUCUGGCUAGGCUGGAACAACUAGGCAGGUAUAUCAUUGGGGCUUGCCACUUGGGAGAAAGAGCUAAGAACAAGAAAUUGUCAGACAUGAGGAAGAGGCUGGAGAGCACAUGAGGCCAGGUGGAAAGGUCAGAUAUGGGUGUCCAAGGGUGCUUAGUAUAGCAGAGAGACCAUCCAAACAAUGUAAUAUCGUGAUUCUAACUCUCAAAUGCAGCUCAUCAUGGGAAAUGCUUGACAACACUUUGGAGUAGAAUAUGGUCACUUGAUUAACAAAUAAACUACACCAAACUCAAAUAAACUGAACUGAACUCAAAGCCAUGCCUGUAUUUACUGAGUCCACAGAGACAAUGUCAGCACUGAGCAGUCGAUGCUUCUGUCAGAUGUUUACAGAACACAAAAAAUAAAUGAGGAAACAAAUGUUAUUUUCAAUUUGAAACUCGCAAUGCAUACACGCGCAGUGUACACAGCAAAAAAGGUGACACAAACAGAGACCCGUUGGUGUUGACACAGCUACUGUACACAUGGUUACCUUGCUGGGAGAUGCUAUCCAUGCAAAUCUACCCCCAAGGUGAUCAGAAGCCAAUCCAGAUGGCAACGCUUCUCCCACCGUCAACCAGACAGAUCCAGUUGUUCCCUGAAUCUGAUUCAUGAUCCCUGGUGCAAAUGAUAUUUAGAAUAAAGUAUGCAUGUGUCUUAAAAUGUCCAGAAAGUCCAACUACAGUAGUUUGGACGGAGCAUAAAGUACCACAUACAAAGGGUUUGGAAGGUUGGAUGGUUCAAGGUAUGUAUUCUAUCUAGGCAACCCUGACUUGAUAAGAAAGUGAAAAUCCUCCCCUUCAAGGCAAAGCAAGUUUCAAUACAAUACUAGAAGAAAAUACUCUAAAGUUAGUUAUUUCAUUAUGAAAGAAUCAGAAUUCCUCCCACACCCCCCACACAUACACACACCUACCCCUCACACACCUACCCCUCAAAAACCUGCUUGGUUUCCACAGUGAACUGAAGUCUGCCAUGUUCUGUCCUUACAGAGUCAUCACUUGCAGAGAACAAGUAACCAGAGAGUGCAUCAGAAGUCUUAAUGAUGGGAGAGAUAUAGUUACAGACAACAGCAGCAGUUUUCUCUACAGACCCAGGGAGAAAACAGUCUAGGAUUUAUAGACCAAAAGGCAAACACAAAGAAAUUAUAUGUAUAUUCAUGUAUGUAUUAGAUCACAGUAUUUAUGGUUAGAAUGAAACCUUUGGAGACAUACAUAAUUUAAUCAUGUUUCAGAUAGUAUUCUUUGGAUACUUCUUCAAGCAUUUAACAAUGUAAAACCCAUCCUAGGCAUGCUAGACAAAUGUAGGAUGGGGUUGGGAUGUGACCGAGAGGGCAUGCAUAUCAACCCCUACCCUAACAGGGCAGGAGGUUGUAGGUCAUAAAACCACGCAGUUAUCAGCCUCUAAGCCCAUGGUUUUCUCCUGGAAGAUGUUUUUCUUAAAUACAAUAAACAUAAAGUUACCCGGAAACAUUCUACUCUCCAUGCUUAUAACGCAAUCAGAUUACACACUUCAUCCCGGAGCGUAUGUUCACAUUCUAAAUUUAAUUCCAGUGACAUCUUGGCUGUAGACGUGUACUGGCUGGUACCAUAAAGGCAGAGACAGAAGCAGAGUGGUAAACACACAGGCAUCAGUUCCUAUGAUCACAAGCAUCUCAUAUCUGGAAGGGCGUCUAAAAUGAGGCUUCUGCUCUGUGAGGCCAGCGACCGAUCCCCCCACCCUCAGCCACCGAUUGUAACGCUCUCCUGUUCUUAUCUUGUAGGCUUUCAUAUCGGACGGGGCAAGACACAGCUAAUUGUGACACGUGCAGGAACAGUGCAUGUAUUAUCUAUAGGUAUGUUAACAUUCUCUUCCCACUUUUUUAUUCUGAGUGACAAAUGCUGUUUACCCACAAUUGCAAGAAUCACUGGGGGCCAUGCUGGGAAGAUUCCAUCAGACAGAAAAAAGUCCUUCCUUGACCAUAAUUCUAGGCUAUGUCUAAACAGUUCUUUCUCUCCAACCCCCAACCCUCGAGCCCAGGUAUACUACCCCAGGAUGAAGGAGAACAUGAACACGUUUAUCUUGUAAAUGUACCUUUGUGGUCUCAGGAACAAGUAUCAUUUUGAUGGCUUGCUCCCUUGGAAUCUAUAGUCUUGAGCACAGAACUGCACUUUGGCAAAACAGUAAAAUAGGAGCCCUUUGGAUAGAAUAGAUCAAAGGUCUGCGUCCACACUAUAUGGAAUAGGUCCUCCUCUGUCACACCGCAUAUACAGGUAUUUUCAGGGGACUUACUAGGGCUAUGGUCCUGUGACACGAUCCCCUCUCAGGAAACUACAGUUACUUGCCACGUGGUUUUGCUUAUGAUUUAAACACUGUAAUAACUGACACCCACUAGAAAAGAAACUUUCAAUAGGCAAAAAUUACAUUAGGUCCUUGACAGUAAUUAUAAGAUUUUAAGGCAUGGUUAAAACUUUGAGAAAUUGCUGUCUUUGUGUUUUGGUUUUUUUUUCUAAUGGGGGAGGGGUGAGAUUUUUACAAACUGAGGCCACAGUGACAGGUGUUCUGAUUUAGUUCAUUUUAAACAUGAAGACUGAAGUCAAGGGCCAAGGCAUCCCACGCCUUGGCUGGUGUGAACUGUGGUGCAGUAGUGAGUAUAGAUAGCUCUGAGAUACACUGAUGUCAUUUCUAAUGGUGUAGCCCUUAUGGUGGCAAUUCUGGCUUCCUGAGGGCACCUAGUAGGGUUCUCUAUAGCGGUUGUGGUCACGCACAUUCCCACUGACAGCAUCUCCACAGUGGCUAGGGUCCCACACAUCCUUUCCCUAUAUCCCAGUCAACAGUUAACAAUAGUGUUGUUGUCUUUAUGAAUUGAGGCAAUGUGUCAUUCUGGUUUUGAUUUCUAUCUUCUGACGGUGAGCACAUUUUCCUUACACCUAAUGGUUAUCUGUGUAUCUUCUUUUGGAAAAAAAAAAGAGUUUCAGUAAGAUGUAAAAUUAUCAAAAACCAGUGAGUAGUAACUUAGUAGUUAAAUAUGCUUAGAAAUAUACAGAGGAUCCUCCUUGCUCCCCUAUUUAAAAAAAAGUGAACACAACGUCACCAGCACUGCAUGAAGAGGUCAAACCUGAACAGUGUUGGGAGGCUUCAGGUCACUUGGGCUCAUACCCAUCAGUUCUGUGCUGACGAGUGACAUGGAUAUGGCUGUAUACCCCAAGCUGUGCAUCCGAGAUAGGACCUCGGUUCUUGUAAAGUGCAGUUGGGUCACAUGAAAAGUUUGUCCGGGAGCUAGCAGAAGAAACCACAGCUAGACAUAGACACUGAAUGACUCCAAUGAUUCUGACUCCCACAGAUGAUAGAUAAAGUCUGAAGGAAUUGGUCACAGCUGGGUAUGCAUGACUGGCAUCUGAUGGGUAGGAAGACACCAGGGAGGCUACCGAUAUCCUGUAAUGCAGAGAAAUGUCCAUGACAACAAAGUCACUGGGUGCAAAGCUUCAGUAGAGGUGGAGUUGAGAAGGCCACCAUGUUGAAAACAUUCUACACCAUGGUUUUCUAAGAGUCAUAAGUUAAAGGUGAAGGCAUGGGCAACUGGGAAGGAGCCAGGAAGCCCCCAACAACUCCAGCCAAGGCAUGAAGCUCUUGAUUGUUCUUGGCUGCUGUCCAUGUGAAGGAGAAACAUCAAGCACCACACAAAGGCUUUCCUUUCUAGAACUCCUUGUUCCAACUCACAGGGAGCAUCUUUCUGAUCUACUAGGAAGUUGGCUUGACAGCCACACUGUGGAUAAGAGCUUUGGAUCAACAGUGAGAGGCUAUAGCCAUGACAUCCCAAUUUUAACUGUAUUAGGCAAUUCCUCCCUGGGGCUUAGCACACUUCCAGGGCCAGAGUUCAACCAGUUGCCUAAUGUGAGAAGUCUGAAGUGGAAAAGAUUUCUAGAGAAAGUUCAUGGGGUGAGCAUGUUCAGGCUAAAACUACUUAACAUUUUGUGGGUGACUGAAAAAAGAAUUUAUUAGGACACUGUCCAAGGUAACUGAAAAUAAUUUAAAUAAAUUUAGCUCUAAAUCCAGAGGUGACUUGUAUAAAAAGUGGUAUUAAAGCUGAUUUUAAUGAAUCCGAGAAGGAUAGAAUUUUUGUCUUUGGGGGACAUUAGCCUAGAGUGGUUGCCAUGUUGAAUUGGCUCAACCAGCAGUCUACACGAAUCCAAAUACAUUAACCUAAGGUCUGUCAUGCACCACACCAGUAAGUGUCCAGACAUUAGAAGAUGCCAGAAUCCGAGGAAGACUCAUGAAGAUGAAAGUCAGAUGAUCCCUCCUUCCACUGCCUAAACCAGUAGGUGUGAGUCAACUGCCAGAGACCUUUGCAUUGACAACAGGAUGUGGUGGGAGGCAUUUUCACAGGCAGGAUAGAGAAGAGGCUUUUUACUGCCUCCCAGACUCCAUCAGACGCCGAACCAAUGCCGAACAUUAGCAGAGGACGGGGCGGGAGGAAGAGUGGAGUUUCCCCUCUCUCUUCCAGAAAAGUAGUUGAAAAUUAUUCCAUUCAGAGUGAUAUGAAGCAAAAACACAUUUCAACUUGAAAGAUGUGUUGCACACAGAAGCUACUUAGGCUUAGUAAGCAAGCUGUAGAACACUCUGCAUGCUAACUCCAGUCCAGCUGGAGGUUCCACAAUUCCUAAGUCCUCUUUCAUUGAGUCUUGUAACGCGUGUUCAAUAAAGCAUCCCAGUUCCUGUCAAGUAGAGCACACAGAGCUCAUCCAACUCUCCCCUUGACGUUCAAGUCAUCCUUCGUUUGGUUUGGUUUGGUUUUGAGACAGGGUCUCACUAGAUAGCCCUGGCCGUACUGGAACUCAUGAUGUAAUAGGCUGACCUAGAACUAGCAGGGACCCAAUUGCUUCUGCUUCCUAAGUGCUUCGAUUAAAGGUGUUUGCCAUGCCACCCAGCUCCUUUUGUCCUUUACUAGAGAAGAAACACAACAGUUAUUCUCACAGUGUCUGAAAUGGCACAAGAGUUUCUUGAAGUUCACAAGAACAGACACUAAAGACGAGAAAAAUGUAGCCAUGUCUGUUAACUGAAAACCUUCUGCCCUGGGGUAAACCACAGCAGCUCUUCUCUGCCUGGGAUAAGUAUGUCAUUCCAAUUUAAAUUAUAAACAUUGAAAUCUCACACCUAUAUGGUUUAAAGUGUGGCCAGUCUUAUGCGGUGAGGCCGGAGAGUUUCCUUUAAAUGUAGAUAAUCUCCAAAAAGAGGUGUAAGUUAUCUUCCAGAAAAGUAUGCUUUUCUGUAUUGAAAAUGGAGCCAUGCCAUGUGACUGAACCAAACUACAGAGCAGCCUGGCUGUAGCCCGGAGCUGCCCCUAUUCUCUGUGUGCAUUUGAUGUGACAUCACCUCUCUUCCCAAAGAUAAGAAUAACUUACUGGAUUUUACAAUAUGCAAAGCACACCACAUCAAUGAUGAAUAUAAGGGGCAUAAACAAGUCCAGGAACAAAUAACAACAUCUUUUUUGGCAAUCAGAUAGUUGCAGAACAAUGAAAGGUCUGAGUCAAAGAGAGAGAGAGAGAGGCCUGUUUGUCCACUCAAUAACAGUGGCCUUGGGUAGGUAUUGGCGACAUCACCCAAGGAAGAGCAAUGAUGGUUAAUGAGGCACGGCGGCUCAGGGUCCCAUCUGAAUACCAAAAACCAAUACACAUGGGAGACAGAAAAGGACUGUCUCUAUGACAACAAUCUGGGCAAAGGGGAAAAGCUUAACUCAAGGUCGGAGUCUUUGCAAUCUCUCCAAAGCCUGAUUUUGGCACUAAGGAGAAGGGAUUGUAUUCUUAAGUUGAGGACCUAUGUCCCUCCAGGUCAAUACUUCAGGAUUGGGAAAGAUGGUUAAGCAGGUUCCAAAUUGGGAGAUUUUUAAAAUGCCACAUGUCUGUGGUGAUCUUAGAAGCUGAAGUACACAGGGGGCCAUGAAAGCUGCCAAUGUCCCCAAAUUGCAAUUUGUCAUACCUGCUUGCUGACAGACGGAGAGUCCUAUAGGACAAUGAACUUGACCCCAUCUGUCUCACAUUUAAGCACUGGAAACCCAGCUGUCUUCGCCACAAAGCAGGCAAAAAAAAAAAAAAAAAAUUAAAAGAAAAAAUCCGUGCUUCUAGUAGCAAUUGGCUUAGGGAGGCAGGAAGGGUUUUGUAUUCAAGAUCAAGCUACCUGCUUUCUGGAAGGAUCUGGCUUGUAAUAGAUGUGUGCCUUUGUCACUGGUGGAAGGUACAUACUUCACUAUGAAAUAGGAUUUUGCCAUGGAAAUACACAGGGCUUGAGGAAAAUACCAAAAGGACAAAAGGUCUUCGAGCACUUUCAGGAAAUAAAGGCUUCAGGGGACAGUAGCACCGGGCAAAGGUUGGAAGCAUUACUAUGUCAAAGCCAGCCUCUCAGACCUGGGUGCCUGGGGUUCAAGGCUCGGCUGUUCCCUAUUCUUUUUUUUCCCCAUCUUUAUUAAAUUGGGUAUUUUCAUUUUAUAUUUCAAAUGUUAUUCCCUUUCCCAGUUUCCAGGUAUAGGCUGGUAUCCAUUCGCCUUUUAAGUCCCCCAGAAUUACAAAGGAUCCUCUCCAACUCUGAAAUCCAAGAAGCUGAUUGUUUACAAAUACAGAAUGAGAAAGGGCCUGGGGGGUCAGAUAGGGCCUGGCAUGGGUGGGGCUUGGGGGGUAUAUGGGGACAUGUAAAGCACCCCUCCCCAUCAAAAACCCUGCCCCCCCAUUAGCAAGUGCAUGUGCAGUUGGGGCCCAUCGCUGACGGCUGCUCCCACUGCACAGUGGCCCACUGCAAUGCCAAGAACCAGAAAGCUCUAUCGCCUCACAACUGGAAAUUUUGAGAUGCUUGACAUGAUCUCAUUUCCUACAAAAAUGAUGCCCCUUUGAUUAUGAUCUGGACCAACGGAGAUAGUCAAAGGAAGGGGCGGGGGAGGUUCUGCAUGAAGAAAGAUUAAAAGAGAUGCAAGUUGGACUUUCCUUUUAGUAAAACUUUUCUGCCGUGUCAUCCUUACUUCCUGUCAAAAUAUGCUUUAAUUAGUUUAGAAAUGUUUUAAGGAUAAAUGGUGAAGUCUUUGUCUCUAGCCUAUCCCAGCAAUGCUGCUGUCAGACUACUCUGAUGUCACUCCCAGUGAUUCACCUUGUGCUCAGACUUGGUUUCAAAGGGAACAAUGAAAGAGACCAUUAGCAAAUCCACCCCUUCCCUCUUUGCUGAACUAGUUAAUUCAUAAAAUAAUAGUGCAAUAACAGAGCAAAGAAAGGGGGUGAAUUCUAAUGUGUGUGUUUUAAUGAAAAUGACAGUGAGCUAGGCUUGAUUCAAAGGCUUUGGGGGAUACCACAGAGAUAUAAAAGAUAAUAAUAAUGUUGACACAGAUGAAUUACGGAGUAUUGUUUCCAGAGUGGAAGUUCUUCUUGAGCAGAGUUAGGACAGAUUUCAGGAGGAACUGCUUACUCCUGCUUCAUUUUUAUUGUAUCCAGGCCACCAUAAAAGUGGCCUCAGAUGACACCACAAAUCACGCACCAUGGCAGUAAGUGGGUAGGGUACCAGGAGGAAGGGAAACCCCUGGCCUACCCAGCCUUGUUGUAAACACUUGUACUGUAAGGUGUCACAGUCCCACCAUCUGACAUGGAACAGAUAUAGAGGAGACAGGAUACCUUGAAGGGAUGCUAGUCAACAGGGAGUAGGGAUGCGAAGGUGGCUUAGCUAUGUUUCCUAGAGCUCCCUCUGCUGGGGAGUCAGGAACUGGCAGGUACCAGAGCAUCUCUAAAAAAAGAUGGCUCCAUGGAAGCAACUGAGGCCUUUCUAUUACAUGAGUCUCAAGCAGGAAACGCCUUGAGGAUACAUGGUCUUACCCAAAACGAUGGUCAGAUUUUAGGAAAGAUGAAGGAAACACCCUCAAACGAUUAGACAGGGUAAGGGAUACAAAGAAACCAUGACUGCCCCUUCUUACAUCAUUCCCGUUUAACUUACCACCCACCAUUAAGAACACAAAAUAUAUGGUUGCAAAGACACAGAGAUACACAGGGAAGGAGGGUUUUUCCCUGGUGUCCAGUAUUGUGCAGACAGGAGCUGGUCAGGGCGAGGGAGCAGCGCAGCAGCAUAGCUAACGAAGUCUUAUUGUAGAGAGCAGUAAUUGCAUUUGUAUGCAGAGCCAGUGCCAGUCUGAGGCUAUCUCCAGAGCCACUUGGAGCAGCAGUGUCGCUGCAGCCCGUGUCACCCGACGAUUAUCUCUUAGUGGAAAUGCCCUUUCCAGUGCAGCUUCAAUUACUCCUCUUGUGCAUAUUGAGUUCUUUAGCAGUCUGAACCGAGAUGGGGAAAAUGUGCCUUCCAUCUAAGGUACAUAGCUGUAUUCUAAUUCACACUCUUAAAGUGGGGAUGGGGGACAGUGACAGAACAGAACCCGUAGACAAUACCUCACACAAUGUUAUUCCGGCAUAAAGGAACUACUUUUUUUUUUAAUAAAAUAAAUUAAGUCAGGGGAAAAGAAUAGCUUUGACAGACCUCAAAAUUCUUCUUGAAAAUUCCCAAAGCUAAUAAUCCAAUUUUUCUCAGUAUUCUUUUAGAAUCUAAAAAUACACUAUCUCGUUCCCCCCAGAAUGUAAGGAUUGUUCAAACCUUCAGAAACACCUUGGUUCCCUUCUGCAGACACUGAAGCUAACAAUGGUACUCAGAGUGAAAGCUGCUCACAUCCCCACACCUUGUUGGCAAAGCAAUGAUUUAAAUGUUAUUCGGGGCAGAAGAGCCUAGAACAGCCACUGCCCUCGCCUUUGGUUAAAUCAAGGGGUGAAAGAAAUUAGAGGACCUUUUUCUAAAGUCCAAAUUAGAAGAAGAGGAAGUCUGACAAUUCCAUAAGGAGUCCGAUCUCUGCGGUUUUAAGUGAAUAUGGAGAUAUUCUAAUGUCUAAAUACAGGAUUCAGAUUUGCCCCUAAUUCCUGAGUUGGCUCACAAAACAUUCUCUGGGAAGAUUUCGGUGAUUUUCAGGUGUGGUGGUUCCCAGGCCCUCUCAGCAGCCUCUCCUUUGGUUGGAGCCAAAGGAACCGAGCCUGCCAUGGAGGACUGAGAGGCAGACAGCUUAGCUCACAUCCAGAGGAAACCAGGAGGCAGUUUCCCUGUUGGAACAAAGGAGCAUAGGAAUGUGCAGAAGGAUAAGGGCAGGUGAGGGGAGGAUCAUGAUUAUAACCAAGUCUGCUACCUGGGGGAGGGGGCUCACCACAGUAGAUUUCAGAUAGGAUGGAAUUUCUACAUUAUCUGUCAUUCACUGCAAGAGAGAAAGCCAUGCUUGUCACUGAGGCCAGAAUGGCAAUGUGUGACUGGCUACAUUUAAUAAAUGAUUGGCCCCUUCUAAUUAUAAUGCAUGGUUUUGGCAAGUUCUAGUAGGAUGACAUAAGACAUACUAAAUACUCACAUGACAAUUUCAUAGUCAGCCGGCCACAUUCCUGGCUGCCUGGGGGAGUGACAACAGGCAGAGCUUAUCAAAAUGUCUUGAAUUUACUUCUGCUGCCCGUGGCAAGAGCAAACCUCUCCCAAGGGCUGUGCGCCUGGCCUGGCCUGCCCUUGCACUUGGGCACUCCAUAAGGCCUAGUGUGGCAAGAAGGUGAACAGGCUGGGGCCUCAGCCAAGCCUAUGGCAAAGGUUAGGGGAAAGUUAGAGGACACAUUCUGAAAGAUCACUCUUUAUCUAGCAUGGAUACUAUGUAUUUUAAUUUGUAGCCACAAUCGAUGGGUAAUUUUUAAAACUAUACUCACAAUAUCUUUGUCAUCGAAAAGAUCUUUAUAGUUUCAGUAGUUGAAAUAUUAAUGGAUAGGCAACUAUUUCUAGUGUUUUGAAGCCUUACAUUACUGCUAUAAACAGAUAUGGAAUACAUGAAAUAGUGCUGGGGAAGGGUAGCAAAUCUAUAUCUAAAAAUUAAAAAGCUAGUAAUAAGUCACUAAUAAUUGAUUGGAACGAGAUGCAUACCCUUAUAUAGACCAACAUGUAUUUUAUAGAGAUAAGAGAUAAAAUAGAGCCAUAUACUGUGUACAUAUUAUAUAAUACACAAUAAACAGAAUUCUACAAAUAGAACACACAUUACAUGUAAAACAAUACAGGGAGCUCUGCGUAGUGCAGCUCUGCGAGUUUGGAAGGGAGGAGAUUUGGUUCAGUUCAGUUUAUUGUGACUCAGUAAAUAAAGAGGGUGUAUUCUGAGAGGCCAGCAUUGGCCGAAUCACAGUGAACGAUGGAGUCAACGUGGGCAUGUGUGUGCCUCAGUAGGUUCCCAGAUAGACAUAGAAAACACGUGGCCGGAUCCUGGCAUGCCAGGGUAUUGUGCAGGACCUGUGAGUGGGUAGCCUUAAGUCCUCUACAAAACCCACUGAAGGAAAGGGAGACAAGCACUCAGUUUAGACACAGGAGCAGGAUGUGGACAAAGCGUUUGCCACUUUGGCCAGGGAGACUCUGGAGGUGGCAAGAACAAGACCCAGCAAUUUCAAGGCCAAAAGGGAAAUACCAAAGUCCGGCAAUGGGGUGGUAGAAUAUGUGGGUGCUAGGGGUGGCAGUGUGAGACCCACUGGAUUAGCUAGCAGAGAGGAGGGAAGAAUCUGUGUGUGUCUAGGAAGAUGUAGAGUGCCUGUUAGAUGCUCUAUGGGGAAAUGUUCAGAGGAAAACAAUGGCUACUUUGUAUUUUAUUUCUUCUACUGCCUGGAGAAGUGGCUGAGGAUAUAGAUAAACAGAGGAGGAGAAAGAAAGAAAAGUAGUUGCCUAGAUUUCUCUAGCAUACAAGAGAGCAUGACCUGAGACAGACCCUAAGCUGGUGUUUUCCCAUACAGUAGAUGUCCAUCCAGUAGUCGCCUACACCCCCACGAGGUGCUGUACUCAGAGACUUUACUUAUCCUAUCCAAAGCCCCAGGAGAAGAGUUCCCCAUGCUCCCAGUGCAUUGACUCUUGGGAACUGCCCUCUGAGUGGAAGACUCUCCAUCACCACUUCACAGCCGAGGGAUUUCGGGUCCCCACGGUGAGAUGAUUUAUCCACAGUGGCACAGCAAGAUGUGCAGAGUCACGGUUAGCACCAGGGACUCUGUGAUCUCACUCAAAGAGAAUCAAAAACAGAGUCUGGGGAUCUGAGUCUCCAUGGGCCACAGGACAUUGACAGGCAGAAGAAAUGAAAGAUUUGGGGCAGAAGAAAUGAAAGAUUUGGGGUCUUCCACUUCAGAAAACAAGUAAGAGCUUGGGGACCACACUCACAUGGUUUUAGCUCUUUCCUGCUUUAGAAUGAGAAGCAGAGAAAGACUUCACCUGAGGCAUUCAUUUAAGCUGAGGGAUAGACAUCAUUGGUAGAACCUAACUUUUUUGCAGGAGGUUCAAAAGAGAAAAGAGGCACCAGAAUAUUGUCCUGCUGCCCCGCAUGAAGCGGCCAGGAGAUGCAUUUGUGAGAAACUUUGCAUCUUACCCAGGAAAGAAAGGAAGCUUAGAUAUGGGCUGAGAGAAAAGCCUGAGAUUUAGACUAGGGCGAAUUUUACUUCUUUAGAAACCUACAGACAAUGCUGAAGAGAUGGCUCAGUUGAUAAAGUGUUUACCUUGCAAGCAUGGGAACAAAACUGAACCUAACCUCAGAACACACAUUUAAAAAACAAAAACAAAACAAACAAACAAACAAAACCAUAAACAUCUUAAAAUCCCAGUGCUGAGGAGACAGGCAAAUUCUUGGAGCUUGCUUUACUUGGCAAGUUCCAGACCAGCAAGAGAUAGUUUCAAAAACAAAGCAAAGUGAAACAAAAACAAAACAACGCACCAAACUACAACAACAAAAGGCAUAUGGCACAUGAGAAAUGGUAGGUUAAUCUCAGGCCUCCACACACACAUGUGGAUGUAUGCAUCAGCACAUACACACAUAUGCAAGAAAUAAUACAGAAUGAUAAUUUUUUACAAACUUUCACAACUAAAACUUAUCUUUCAGACAGAAUGACUAACCAAGGAAAUGGGAUGGCUUUGCAUCUUUUAAUCAUGAACCAGUAGGAGCCGCAGAAGAGUGUGCCAAGGCUUUGCAACACUGCAGACAUGGCUGCUGCUCACUGGGAAUCCCUAAUGGGAGGCAUUGUUUUAGAUUUCUGGAAAGAGAAAGGGGGUACAGGCAAGGAAAGGAAAGCUUUGGAGGGGCUCAAUAAUAUGCCCUGCUCAACGGCUGUUAACACAGUGUCCCGGUAUCUUUCUCUUCCAUUGAGUACGAGGUACAGCCUAAUAUCUGAUGCUAGAACCCACUUAUCCGGAAAACUCUGGCCAGUACCCAGGACCAAAGCAAAUGCAGAAUUUCCCAGACUUAAUGUAAAUCAAAGAAGGAACUCAGGAAGGUGAGGAUGUGUAGUCAGGUUGCAGAGACUGUGUGUAACCGGGGUGGUGGAAGGGAGCUGGAACGCGGCAUUUCAUGUUCGAAGCCAGAGAAAGUGCCCGAGGUGGGCAAAGGAAUGGCCACAGGAAGCAGGCAAGGAGAAGAGAUGGUGACAGCCAUCACUUUACACAUAGAAGCAGAUGGAGAGUUCAUCAUCCCAGAGUUAAGAUAACGACCAAAGUGUGGGCUGCCAGGCAGGCCCCCCCUAAACACUAUGCAGCCAACUGGCUGUCCUCAGAAAUGGAGGACUGGAGACAGAACAGCUGUACAGCUCUGCACUAUCCAGGACCUGCCUUCCUAGCAGAGGCCAUUUGGCCAUGAAGAUCAAAGGAACCUUUGCUCUAAGCCAGCCAGAGAUAACCACAUUCUUCUUAACCUUGUAAUGCUGCCCUGUGCACUCAGCCAUCUACUGCAGACCCCAAAUAACCCAGAGUGCACUCAGACAAGAAGAAACUGCUAGCAGACAGCAGUGGGCAAGAAAUACACAUCUUUGCUACCUAACAGCCAGAGUUCACCUACCAGAGUGUGGCUGGCUGAGACAUGCAGAUCAUCCCCGGACAUACAUUUAGGAACCUGGACAACACAGAGUAAGCAGUGAGGAGAGGCAGGGCUCACGGUCACUGUGUCACUGAACCCCACUGCAGAUAUGUCCCAGCAGGUACUCCCAGGCUUGGUGGCCCUCUUCUACCAAGCCUGCUGCAGACUGCAGCACCCUAGAUGAGUACAAACAGGACUGUGCUCAACAGAUAAAGUCGAGUCAUUUCGUUAACAAGAACUGAGAUUAGAUUACUCUGUGAUUACAUGGUUCCGCGGUGUGAUAAAUUGGUUAAUGACAGGAUUCCCAAUGUAGUGGCUUAAUGGGAAUUCAAUAAUUACAGGUGCCCAGGAUUAGAUGGUAGUCUAGCAAGUGCUAGCCACGUGCUCCGUUGUAACAACUAAAAAGCUACCUGGGACAGCUGAAAUGGCCUUGACAUGGAGAAUGUGUUUCAGUAUUAGCUUAGCUAAAUGUCACAUCUCACACUCUGGAAAGGAGCUUGUUGCCUAAGCAUCCAGACUGAGAAUGCUCUAAUGCUUUCUUUUUAAUCAGCGCCAGACUCAAUUGUAAAAUCUGCAGUCGACACAUAACAGUAAGAACAAAGUAACAUUGGAACUAUUCACUAAUAAGUGAAAUGGCCUUCCAUAGACUUGUAUGUCUGAGAAUGUGUUCAUUCUAGAAUUUGCUAAAAUAGCAAUUCUCAUUCCUUGAACUGGGGUCAAUGGAAGCUCACUGAUGAUGCAGAAAUUAACUCAGCCCUGCUCCGCAGACUCCUGCACCAAAACAGGAUCUCCUGCUUUCUCAGGCACCAUGGCCCAGACAAGCGAGGGUGUCACAGGUUCAGAAUGUCCUAAGGUUUGACUUUGCAUAGCUGUCCCUAAGAGGGGGCUUGACGCCACUGCCUCACAUUCUAGAGGGGUGACACAUGUGCUGAGGAGCCUCAGCUCUGCUUCCUGGAACGAGAGGCUGUCUCAGAGAGGAUUCCAACAGAUCCCUAAAAGUCUUCUGACUUCCACGCCUGAUGUGCCAUCUACACACAUGCAUGUGCAUGUAUGUGCAUGCACAUGCACACAGACACACAGAUGCUCACGGCAUACACAGCAUUCUAAAAAAAUAAAUGAAAAAAUAAGGCUUCUUAUGGAAAAAAGGAGAACAGCCAUUAACUUUUCUCGAAACUAAAAAAAAAAAAAAAAAAAAAAAAAAAAAAAAAAAAAAAAAAAACCUCAGUGACAUUACUGCCUUUGACAAUAAGAAAAAUGAUGUAUGGAAUGUGGAAAUCAUAAACUGGCCCAUUCAAUGGGACUUGAACUUACUUUUUGAGACUCCAGAUAACACAGCUUUGCUGUUCUGUGUUUCCAAAACGUCAGAAUUUGUCUGGGAUUAGUGGUUCCCUACAUGGAUAGGAUUUGAGGCUUAUAGAUGGUUCAUGGAUGGUUCCCCAGCCACAGACUGUUACGGACAUUCACUGAAGUUUACUGACAUUUAGUCUGGCAUCUGGACAACGUGAGAGGACAGAGUGCAAGACUCCAGAGCUCUAGUCCAAACCACAAAAAGCAGGUGAUCCCAAAAGAGAAACUCUCCAGUGUGCCACAUCAGAGAAAAACCGUGGGCCAGGGGGGUCCAUUAGGAGCAGAUUCUAGCGAACUAUCACUCCUUCCCAAAGACACUGACAGCAUUCCUCCUGCACCUUCCUAAGUAACAGAGUACAUUUUGAAACACAUCUUCAGUCUUAUCUUUCUAACACAAACAUCCUUGCACACUCCUGCUCCUGCAGUGUAAUUACAAUCUUGUAUUAUUUUGACCAAACGCUAUCUAUGCUGCUUCCUGGGAAGCUGUGUUUGAUAACAACAAAAUCCUUUUGGUCGUGCUGAAGCGAUAAACACAAGAGUCCUCCCCAGGGUCCUCUACUAGCAGCAGUCCAUAAGAAUGUUUCAGACAGGUACAACUUUGCAAGAAGGCAAGCCAAAGGCAUGCAUUCAUGGUGGUGUCAGCCUACAGGCUUCUCUGACUGGAGGCUGUCACACGGGAACACACAGUUUGAUGCCCUGCAAGUGUGUGUGUCAUGGAUGUGCAUGUUAUGACUUCUCCCUCUUCCUGUGUUUACUGGCUAGUUAAUUUGCAUGCUGUCCACGUGGACAAUUCAGGAUAAACAGGGUGUCCAAUCUGACUUUCGAAUUUUCUGUGGCAACAGACACAAAACAGACUUUGAUUUAAAUUCUCCAUGUAAGGUGCAUGGACCUGGUCUUGUGGUCAUGUACAUGCAUGGAGGCAUGUGGAGGCCAGAAGUUGAGUCCCACAUCUACCUCUACAGCCCUCAAUUUUAUUUUAAAUUUCAUUUUUAUUAAUUUGAGGAUUCUGAAUAAUGUAUUUUAUCAUAUUCAACUGCUAGCUUAACUCCUCCAACUUCUACUUUCCAAACUCAACAUUUUUCCCCACCCUUCAAGACCAAUUAGUGGUGCCCAUUUAUUGUUGGAUGUGCCCUCCCAAGGUUCAGUGGUCACUGUCGAAGUAGCAUCAUAAAGAAUAUCAGAGGCAGAGGCAGUAAAUACAAAGAAACAUCUCUGUGUUCAACAAGGCAGCUGCACAUAGGCGCUCCCAGCCAUGGAGACAUGUACGAUCCUUGUGUAAACUUAAGCCACACAAAAGCCCAGUGUGAACGAGAGACAUGGGCACAAAGUCCAUCCCCUAACUGAUAAACUAUUGACAAACAACAACUGCCGGGACAGGGAGACUCAGCUUUGAGAGUAGCCCCAUUUAAUCGGCAUCUGAGUUUUUGAGGCAGGGUUUCUCUCUGGACCUGGAGCUCGGUGAUCGCCAUGCUAGCUCGCUGAUGAACUGCCUGAACUCUGCCCAGCACCCAGCACUGACAUUAAAGGCAUGCACCACCACACGUGGUCCUGAGUGGGAGCCGAGGGUGGGACUCACAUCUUUGUGCCUGCUUGGCAAGCCCUUUCUUCACUGAGGCUUGCCCGAGAAAGUAACUUAUUUUUUCCAAAGAAAAUGAGUCAAUCUGGAAUAGGUCACAGUACUUGAGGGUAAAAAUACGAUAUGGCUAACUGCUUAUUACUGAACAGUGCAGAUACACUGUAAGCCAACUCUGAACGAUCACGGCCCCGUAUAGGAAGUCACGGGACCUCUCAGGGCCACGCACUAACUCUGUGCUCUAUCUUUCUAGUGUGGAGCUGGAUUUUAAGCAGCAAGAAGACAAACUGCAGCCCGUGCUGAGAAAACUGCACCCUGUCGAGGAAACUCAGGUCGCCCCUUUGCCUUACACUCAGGAGGCUCACUCCUCCACGCCCAAGCAAAAAUCCAAAACUGAGUCCAAAAAGCACGGAAGGUGGAAACUCUGGUUCCUUUAAUCUCGUGGGCUUGGGAAGACCCAGACUGUCUUUUAACCCCACUGGAAUUUAAGUGAGUCCUUUCCCGAAACGGAUAGGAUCAAGGGAACUGCGGUGCCAACGCGUGCUCCCUGCUUCUCGCCCUGCGUACCAAAAAGGCCUUCGCACCAACAGAUAAUUAGCAGCAAGGGAGUGACUGUCACCCCUUGCCAGCUGUCCUUUGCAGUCCACUGGUAUGGGGUAUAAAGUCUGAAAUAAAACUUACGCAGUUAAAGAUAAGGAAUAACUCUCCCCCCGACAGUGCCCCUUGCCUAAGAAGGAGUGUUGAGAUACCAGUGCCCCACACGGCAGGCUGUCCUGGUAGCCGGUGGGACCUCUCACUAUUUUGGCUCUCUAUUAUUAUUUAUCUUUAAGUGAGAAGAGAAAGCAAGCCUCGAGUUGGCAAAGGACUUCAUUUUUACCUUUCAUUAUGAAAUAAGCAGGGGCGAGUGCAGUUUUCAGCACAUUCAAUUCCGGAGAAAGCACAAUUUUUUUUUUUCAAGUGGUCGGAGACCAUGAAUAAUCUCGAAAAAUGUGACUCUAUGUAUAUCUGCCUUCGUGUGCUGUAGCGCUAAGCCAAGUGACCACAUCUCAGUGUCACAUUGACACCACAGAUUUAGAACCCUCUUCAUCUCCAGGUGGACAACAUGUUUACUGUUCAUUUCCCAAAUGGCCAGCAGCCAGGAACCACUCCCACCCCCACCCGAGUCAUAAUAUGCCUUCAGUCAUUGCAAGCUGACAGGGUCAGAGCUACUGGACACUAAGCUUUCUUAGAUGUUGUUUUUAUUCUUUGGGUACCCAAAGGCCAAAUGAUGAAUCUGGCAAGAAUUGGAAAGCAGACAGAGAUACACAGUGGGUGACAUAGUUACCUAUAAAUCACGGGUGCCUGGGCUGCAGCAGAAAGCAUUGGUUCGUUUGUUUGUUUAUUCAUUCAUUCAUUUUAUUUAUUUAUUUAUUUAUUUAUUUAUUUAUUUAUUUAUUUAUUAUUUAUCUCUGAGCGCAGCCAGGUAUUUUAUACAGUUCUUUACGCUUUGUCUCUACUGGGCGAGAUCUGACCAUCACAGAGAGAAACAGCCUGUUUCCCUUAGCUGCUACCAAUGGCCAAAUUUACCAUCACCUACAUUUAACCGAUCAGUAAACUGUAUUAAAUGGCAUACUUAGGGGAAAGCUGUGAAUCAAAUGGUUUUAGGAUUUUAAAAAACCCACUGUAUAAUUGAGAGUAUUCUCUUGAUUACACAUGACCACGUAAACCUCCAUCCCCUUGUUUUGUUUUGCUCAUUUCUUUGCACCUUUACAAGUAUCUUUUUUAUAGAAACCAAAAUCCUCUUGUGCACUAAUGACGUCUCUCAGUAUUCUGCUUCUCGUGUAGGAAGCAGAGGGUCUUUUUUGGCCUUUUGUUUUUUUCUUUUUGUAUAACAAUGUUUUGAAUUGUUUGUGGGCGUACCAGAAAGACCUAGGGUUUGGUGUUGGUCCAGCACUUUCAGCUGGAACUGCACGCUGAUGGCAGCCUGGCAGAUCAGACUGCAAGCUUGCAGCGGCUCCGUAUUGGGAGAGGGUCAUGACCUUCUUUGGAUGGGUAGGAACUAGGGCUCACCACAUGCUUUUCCUCAUUUAGUUCUAAAUAUUUGGAUUAUACAACAAGCUUUAAAAGAAAAAAAAAAAGGCUAAAAGAAUAUUUUGUGUGAAUCCCCUUUGGGGACUACUCAAACCACACUAGAGGUAUGCUUAUUUAAAAUGCAAGGACAUGUGCAUGCAUGCAUGCACACACAAAAUACACACACACACAAAUACAGACACACACACAGAACACUUGUGCCCAUACACGCACACACAAAACACACUGUGCACACACACACAUACACACACACACACGCACGCACGCACGCACGCGCGCGCGCACGCAAACACAUGCCUAUACGGAAGUACUCUCCAAGAAUAUAAAUCUGCAGAAGAGCAGUAAACAAGACGUGUCGCAGAAGAGCCCUGACCAAGCUGAUCCUGUACCUUGACGGAAGUGCAAUUGUUCCAUGCACACUAAACUUUAAACAUGUGUUUCAUGUUUUUAUACUGUUUUUAACUGAUGUUGCAAAGGUGUUCACGACGAGUUUUCUCUUCCUCUGUUUGAAGAAUCCCAUGUUCUCACCGAGUGGAAGGAAGGGUUCAGCAGCUUUCUGUCCAGUGCUGCACAACUGUCUAGAUGCAAGCCUGUGUGACUACCUGUGACGUCCUUGUUUCCAACCAGUCUAGGCCCCCACACAAAAAGAUUAAACACCUGAGAACCAGAAAUGAAACUCUGAAGAUAAACUCAUUCCUCCUCAAAAGGAAAAGCAUCUCCCCAAACUGGAAACAAAAUAUACUGUCAAGUUCAUUUCAUAGCUGAAUCACAAAUUUGCCAAUGACAGAGGAUGACCCUUCUCCCGGGAAGAUCGAACUCAAAAAUUUCAUACAAAACUAAGUAAUCAGUUCAGUGUCCCCUCCUAUGUAGAUGUACACAUGGCAUUACGUAUAGAGAGUAAAUUAUUAUACUUGUCAUUAAAUCUUUAUUAAUUUUUAAAUAAAAAAAAUCAAAGGUAA